CAAGUAGAGAAACAGGGAGAGUGCGCCUAUGAAGUCAUACGCAGUCGAAUUGAACGUUUCGAAAAUGUACCGAUUCGGUGAGGUUCUUCUCAGACGAUCUCCGGCGUUGAUAGCGCUCGCAGCGAAAAUCGAAAUUCAAAUCGAAGAAUAACACAUUACCUUUAGUCGAACGAACCGUAGAAACUAGCGAACUAACCCAAUAAAUUACGAGAGGCGCGUGUGACUCAAUUCUAAAGUCUAAUCCCAGAGUAGGGUUCACAAUGCAGAGCCAACAGAGUAACCACUAAAAGGAAGACAACAUACGAGAAAACUAAACGAAAGAGAUUAUAGACCGCCCACGCAAAAUAUCCACAAAAGUACACGUAGCCGCUAAGCCGACAUCCAAACGGCAAUCCUCAGAAACAACAAACAGAAAGAAAACAGAAACGAGCCAUGGAACGCCGCCAAGCCCUAGACUCAUCGAUGUCUUCGCUCUACUCGGCCGCGUCCUCCACGAAUCCCCGACAGCCGCAGACCAUCCAACUCCAGUCGCAGCAGUCGCAGCAAUCUCAACAGUCCCAGCUAGACGCCUUCAAUUAUUCAGCAACAAUGUCAUCAUCGUCGCCGACUCCGAGCCAGGCCAUGUCCACGGGCACCACCUCCAACUACAACACCGCUGCCCCCCUGCGCGCCACCACCAUCGGCACCGUUGUCGUCCGCUGCGGACCCGUGCAGCUGGUGAUAGCACUUCUACAAAGCCCGGAGAAGAUUUACAUCAAAGUCGUAGAACUCGAGCCAAAAAUCACAGCGCUUGGUGAGAACUUGGACGAAGCAGUGCGAAUGCAGAGGGAGCAUGACGACACGCUCAGGAACCUACAGAGCCUUCCCGGACCCAUGGACGAAUUCGUCCAAAAGGCCGACAAGUUGCUGGCCAGUAAGCGAAUUAGUUCCGAGCUGGUCAACGCCAUGGCCGACACCCUAAACAUCAUUUGGCAGGACAUCCUAAACCUCCUGCAGGACCGCCAGCACAUCCUGCUCCUCUGCACACAGUUCCACGACAAGAUGACGCAGUGCUUUAGGAAGAUGGACCAACUGGAGCUGGCUUGCGAGGAGGUUCUGCAGCCCCUGGACGUGCCCCGAGUUCAAGAGUUUCUCAGCAGAUUCAAGCAGCUGCGUAUCGACAUGCUCACAGGUGUGAUGGCCGCGCUGAAGGACGGCAACGAGCUCCUGGCCCAGCUGGAAGAGCUGGAAAAGCUGGAAACCCUCGACACGAGACCGGAACACAUUAAACGCGACGCCACAAGGGCGGUUCACCAAGUCCAGCAAUGGCUGGAGGCCCUUCACGACCGACGAAAUGACUUGGAACUGGCCUGGCAGACGAGGAAGACCCAGAUGGAACAGUGCCUGGCAUUGGGCAUACUCGGAAGGGAACUCAUCGACCUGGAGUCCUCCCUCCAACAGGCCAGAAUGGAACUGAACACCAUGUACAGUCUUGGUGAGUGCGAGCACACGGCCAACGAAAUGCUGACAAAGUACAGGGAGUGGAAGCAGCAAGCUCUGCUCCUCCGGGACAGAGCCCUCAAGAUCACCAGGGCAAAGGAUAAAGUGCAGUCCGCUGGUCACUUCACUGAAGAUGAAGCCUGUGCCAGAGCCUAUGCCGUCCUUAGCGGCUGCACCGAACACCUAGAUCUGGUGGACCAGCGGGAGCACUGGCUACACCAAUCCCGCGAGUUCUUCGCUAAGGCCGAGCACACCCUAAGUGUCCUUGAGAAGUUGGAGCUGGAGUUGGCCAGUGUGAAGCUGCCGCCGAACUCCCCAGAAAGCUACGCCAUGUACUCCAAGGUGGAGCGGGAUGUUCGUAACUUCACAGAAGAGCCGUUGCGGCUCGGCUACGGCAUCCUGGAUGAGGUGGGACGCACGCAGCCGGAAACCCAGGGAGUGAAGCGGGUCCUUGAUGAGCUGGAGAACCGCAAGGCCUACAUCGAGGGAAUCUGCGCGCAUAGUAGCGAGGAUCAGCAGAAGGUGCAACGGGCUCUGAGCGAGUUCCUGGCCCAGCACAACGAACUCCUGGCCUGGCUGAGGGCUUCCGGACAGCUCCAGCUGCAGCAGAAUGUGAAUAUGGGCCGGAACCUCCAGCAGGCCAAGCAGUUUCUGCUGCAGCACCACGAACUCAUGCAGGACCUGGAGAUCAAGGGCGAGCUGAUCAACCUGCUGCUGGAGUCCAUCAAAGUGCACCUGGAAUCGCUGAGUCCCCAGCAGCGCUACGACGUGGACUCCAAGGCUGAGUCCUUGCACAAGCACUGGAUUGAGUUAAAGGACCUCGUCCUCAAGCGCGUGGACCACGUGUCCCUUCUAAUCGACUUCUUCGAGAUGGCCAACGAACUGUCCAGCCAGCUGGACAACCUGCAACGCCAGCUUCAGCAGACCCCCGACGAGCACAAGCUGCAGUUCCUCCAGGCCACCUGGGCGGGCAUCGCCGCCACCUUCGGCGAACUAAAGUCCCGUGGCCAGAGAUUCAUCAACUUGAAAAUUGUGGAUCCGUACCUCGAGACGAAAUCCUCGGCACAGGCGGUGGAAGAGACGCUGAAUGGCUUCAGUAAGCGGCAGGUCGACGUGACGAGCAGUUUGGAGAAUUGGACGACCAGCAUUGCAGAGAAGCGAGAAGUGGAAUAUCUACUUGAGAAAGUCAUGAGCGACAACGAGGAGACUGUGGUCAAGAGCAGCCAGGUGGACACCCAGUUGUAUCCUGUCUUCACCUCCCCCAGCGUGGACUCCAAGCAGCUGCUGACCACCACCCGGGACAAGCUCGUCAACGUCAGCCAGGACAUCGAAAGGGCCCAGGAUGAGAUCCAGCAACGUAUCCAGACCACGCUCAGCAUCCAAACCAAAGACCAGCCCUCGCUGGCCAAGAUCGAGCAGGUGAUCAACAACCUGCGCAUGCUCAAGGCGAAGCUGGACGGGAUCAAGUACGACUAUAGGACUCUGGUGGAGAAUAUUCUCCAGUUCCUGGAAAACAUAGUACAGCUUCGCCGCGAAAUCGACGAGUAUUUCGCCUCCAAACAGCAGCCGUCUGCUUCAGCACCCGUAUCCACAUCUGCCGGAGUGGAUCGCAGCAUUGCGGAGCACGAGAAAUUCCGCGAUCUCUGUAUGGAUAAAUUUAGAUCGCUAAUCACACAAUCCGAGCUGCUCAUCGAUCGGGUUCGGGUGCUGGAGCCGCCGGGAGCCCGCGAAAUCGACACCGAUCGCAUUCUGAAGUUGCUCGAGAAUCUCCGCAUCUACUUCGAGUCGAACAGCAGCGCCCGGAUGUCGUCACUGGAGCGUCUGGAGAAGAUCGAGCAGUUCCGCGGCGACCUGGAGGACAUUGAUCGGAGCCUGGACAGCGUCAGCCAGCAGCUGCACGAGAUCAAUGGCCAAAGUGUGGAUAGUUUGGCGGCCGCCAAGACCACGUCGCUGGCGUUCGAGUAUUUUGAACGGACCAUAGAGUGUUCAAUGCCCAAGCAAUUGAAAUGCACGCGCCAUCAGCGACGCUGGGGCCAAACAGCCCACACCAUCGAGCUGCUCGAGAAGCGAAUCGAGAAGUUCACGGAGUCCACGAGCCAGCAGCUCUUGAUCAGCAACCCCGAGAGCGAAGGAUACGUUAGGGACGAACUGCGUAAACUCAACGAAAAGUGGCAGAGCUUCAAGGACCAGGUGAAGCAAAAACGAAGGAGCCUCAAUCAGGCAACCGAAUUCUUCGAGGUGGUGGAGAAGAUCGAUGCAGAGUAUCGUGAAAUCAGCUACUUCUACACCAGCGUCUCCAACAAGGUCCCCUACCUACGCGACGCGGUGGAGGCAGGCAACCUAGUCAACGACAUCGAGAAGUAUGUGACCAGCCGGGAGACGGAUCUGCGCUCCAAGCUAGACAGUGCCUCCCAGUGCGCCCACGACAUGAGCAAGGUCUCGGCCCUUUACAACGACGUGAUGAACAUCUUCCAGUCCUUCGUGAAGCUCAAAAUGGAUAUAAACAUCGUGCAGGAGCGUCUGAAACAGGAGCAACGCCAGAAGGAGCAACGGGAGCGGGACGCACGGGACCAGGCGGAGAGGGAGAAGGCCUUAAGGGAAGCCGAGGCCAGGGAGAGGCUAGUUCGCGAGGAACAGACCCGCCUGGAGAGUCAACGUCAACAGGCGGCUUUUGAGCAGGCGCAACGGGAAUUGGCCGCUCGGGAACUGGCACUGCGGGAGCAGGCUGUCCGGGAAGAGGAAGCCAGACUCCAGGCCAUCCGGGAGCAGGCUUCGCGGGAGCAACUGGCCCGGGAACAAGCAGCCAGGGAAGAGGAGCACCGCAUUCAGACCCUGCGGGAGAUCGCCAAGCGUGAAGAAGAGGUACGACUGCAGAGCAAGCGCGAGGAGGAGACCCGCAUUCGGCGGGAGGAGGAGGAGCGCAUCCGGAGGGAAAGCGAAGCCCGGCUGAAACGGGAGGAAGAGGCCCGCAUACAGCGCGAGGAAAUAACUAGGCUGCAGACGCUGAGGGAUCAGGUGGACCAACAACGCAUCGUGACGGAAAACAUUCGGAAGGACAUCCAGGUGAACUCUGUCUUUACAGAACUGCGCUACGCCUCUCCCCUUUUCGUGCGGCCCUUGAAGGACGGAGUGACCCGCGAAGGCGACCGCUUUGUCUUCGAGUGCGAAGUCACAGGCACGCCGGAGCCCACUGUGGAGUGGUUCAAGGACGGCAUUAGCAUCCAAAGCAACUCAGAUUACAAAACUACCUUCGACAAGGGAAUCUGCAGGUUGGUAAUUGAGGAAACAUUUGCGGCGGACUCGGCGCGGUUCAGUUGCCGUGCCUCGAACCUGGUCGGCACUUGCGACACUAAUGCAACGCUGUCGGUGCGAGAGAACGCCGCCGAGGUGCAGCUGGUGCCGCCGAGAAUCCUACGGUUCCUGGAGAGCGGAAAGGCCACUGAAGGCAGCUCCUUCCAGUUUUCCUGCGUGGUGGCUGGAGUGCCCCUGCCCACGGUGCAGUGGUUCAAGAACGACAAAUGCAUCGACGACUCCCCAGACUAUGUCAUUAGUUACAACAACGGGGAGGCUCGGCUCCGAUUCGAGGAGGUCUUCCUGGAGGACGACGCGGUUUACACCUGUAGCGCCUCCAAUCCGGCCGGCAUUGAACACUGCUCUGCUUCGCUGAUUGUGGAGCCUUUGGAGCCCACUGAGUUGCCCAGCUUCAAGGUGCCUCUGUCAAACGCCAUGGCCCGAGUGGGCCAGAAGGUUAAGUUGGAGGCCAUCGUUACUGGAAUUCCCAGGCCCGAAAUCUACUGGCUACACAACGGAAAACCCUUCCAGCCACGCAAUUCUAAUUACGAAUACGGCCGCGUUACGCUGAUAAUCCCCCAGGCUUAUCCGAACGACGCCGGAUCCUACGUCCUGAGCGCCAAGAACCUAGCUGGCGAGGCCUACACCAGUUGCAACGUGAUAGUCAAGGGUCGUCUACCCAACGAAACCUCAGAUUCCGAAAUGGCCAGCGACAUAGAGCCGAUCAAGCCCGCGGUCCACCUGCCCCUGAAGGACGUCUCCAUUUUCGAGGGCAAGCCGGUGCGGCUGGACUGCGUGAUUGUGGGCCAGCCCGAGCCGGAGGUAAUCUGGUACCACAACGAGCGCCCCGUCAAAGAGUCCGCUGACGUGCAGCUGCUCUUCCAGGGCGACCGCUGCUCACUGAUCAUUCAAGAGGUAUACCAGGAGGACGCGGGCCACUACAAGGUGGUCGCCAUCAACUCGGCCGGAGAAACUUCCAGUAGCUGCGAGUUGAAGGUCACUCCCUUGAAUCAAGCGGAACCCGCUACAAGGGCCCAGGCGGAGAGGCAAUCGCUGCCCAAGGAUUCGCAGCCCAAGUUCGAGCGCCUGCUCUCCGAUGUAUUGGCGGAUGAGGGUGAGCAGGUAGUCCUCGAAGUGCAGGCUAGUGGUGACCAGCCACUCACAGCGCAAUGGUUUUUGACCAACAAGGAGCUCCAGCUGGACGACCGCAUCACGGUUCAAUCCGAUGCGGAAUCUGGCACAUUCAAGCUCCUCGUGAACAAUGUGAGUGUCGAUGACAAGGGAGUCUACACCGUCAAGGUAUCCAAUCCUGCUGGAGACGCCAAGUGCUUCUCGCACUUGAUAGUAAAGUCUGUGAACGCUCCAGAGAUUCGCAGGAGCAGUCAGUCCUCCGUGGAAAUCGUGGAUCGCCAUCAGUGUCCCGAGUUCAAGGAGCUCUUCAGCGACAAACAGGGACAAAUCGAUGACGUCGUCAAGUUCGAGUGCAUAGUCAAGGGCAAGCCGACUCCGAAAGUGCACUGGUUCUUCAACGACCAGCCCGUCCACGGACACAACUUCCUGGUGUCCACCAGCGGGGAGCGCCAAGUGCUGACCAUCCAGAAGCUGACCCACGACGCCGUCGGCAAGAUCAGUUGCGUGGCCGAGAACGAAGCCGGAAAGGCCACCUGCGUGGCCUUCCUGAACAUCGUUGGCAGUGGUCUGCCUGCUUCGAGUGACGUUCAGACUAUGACCCAGGAGCACAACACCGAGUCCUCGAGGGUCACCAUCAAGAAGCAAACCUUCACCACCACAUCCACCUCGCAGGUGAACUCGUACGAGGGUAACACCCCCCAAACCGAGGUGCACCACUCCUCCGCCCACAUCGAUCAGUCGUUGAAACAGCUGGGCCAGCAGAGACCCGAGAUCGUGGAAAGCCACCACUAUCAGGAGCUGCACAAGAGCAAGGAGAUGAGCAGCCCCAGUGUGCAGCAAAAAACAUUCACCCUGGUCCAAUCGGGCAGUGGGGUGCCUAACGGGGCCCAAUCGGCCGUGGCCAUCCCGGAGUCGCCCACUCGCCUGCGCCGCGAGAUCGCCCCCCGCUUCACGACUCCGCUCGCCGGCAAGAUCGUGGACCAGGGCUCCGAUGUCAGCAUGGAGGCCAUAUACGACGGGUUCCCCUCGCCCGAAAUCAAGGUCGAAAAGAACGGCGGCCAGAUAUUCGACGAUGCCCACACCAAGAUCUCCAACAAGUGCAACAGGGUGACAAUAGAGCUGAAACAGGUGGGCGUGGCAGACGCGGGACGGUAUGCCGUGACCGCCUCCAACGCCGUGGGACAGUCCACCAGCACAGCCGACUUGGUCGUUAAAAAGACGAUCUUCCCCCCAGUUUUCGGGCGUCGCCUGCAGGCCCAGGUUAGCAAAAAGGGCGAGAAGCUGGUCAUGGAGGUGGAGGUCACCGGACUGCCCGAACCCACGGUCACCUGGCUGAAGGACGACAAGCCGCUCCAGGAGGCCGGCAUCUCCGCGCAUCGGCUGCUGGCCCAGGGCAACUCCUACAGGCUUAUCAUCGAAAAAGCACAAACCUCUGACUCCGGAAAGUACAUGGUGCGGGCUACAAACGCCGGGGGCGAGGCAAAGAGCAUUGCGGAUUGCGCCGUCCUGGAGCCCUCGCCGGAAAGGAUGCAGGAGGUCGUCAAGACGAUAGUUUAUGAGACAAAGCCGGCAGCAGCCAGCGAAUUCAAAACCGAAGCCCAGAAUCAAGCCCAGACACCCGAUCAAUCCUACCAGAGCAGCCAGCAGACCAGCACCGUAGAAGUGAGCAGCGCGAACGAUCUGCACGGCUUGUCCGAGUCCAAAGUGAUCACUGAGCAUCGUUGCACCACCGAGGCAACCAUGCGUCUAGAACACACGUCGAACUACCUGGAUCUGCCGGAACUGGCUGCUCGCCCCAAGACACCUACCAGCGCAGCAACGCCAGUCGAGACACCACCCACCACAACGAACACUGCCGCUGUCAUCAGUACGGAUCAGCCCGAUCUGACACGUGCCACCACCAGAGAUCCGCCUCCCGUUCCGCCCAAACCUUGCCAGCCGGUGGUGGGAAGCGCCUUCGGACAACCUCCUCAAAUGGAGACCCUAACCAGCAUCAGAUACGAACAAAGCGAGAAGAAGUCCUCCUCAUCGUCCUUUGACUACUUCAAGAAGAUCGACGAGGAGACCAUCACCCAGCGUCCCAAGCCACUGGCCUUUAAGCCUCUGGAGACGGUGGUGCGGCAGCCGCAGGCACAGACCCUGGCGGAGGAGCUGAGGAGCCUGAACCUCAUACCCGGAGAUGCUCCGGAGUUCCUUUACUCCCCGAAAAAAGAGAGGACAGAGCCCAAGAUCCCUUCGAUAAACGAGAAGAUUAAAAUCUUGUCCGAGGUGCAGCCGAAAGAGUCGCCCCCACAGGGCGGGGUGCCGGUCUUCCCACCUCCAAUCGGACUGCAGACCGUGCAGCACGAAACCACCACGACGAAGGAAGUUAAGGUAGAGUACGGUCAGCCCAUCGUGCGCCCCGCAGCUGUCCUGGCUACUCCUGCUCAACAAAAUCCAAGAUCGCCGUCGCCAAAGCCUUCCGCAGAGGGUGUGGCCAUGUCCAGACUGUGGACGCCGAGUGGAGUGCCCGGGUACACCCCAGCUGACGCAGCUGACCAGAAACCAGACAAGAUCCCCAAGCUGGCGACCCCGACGCCCACAAAAGAGUUAAACGCGCCCUUCCUGGUUAAUCAAGUAAUAAAAAGCAUACCCCCAGCCUCAGCGCCCGUAACGCACGUGGUGAAUGUGGAACUGGAGCCCGGCACUCCUCCGGAGAUUUGCUUUGCUCCUAAGACAGAGGAGGGACGGCGUCAUUCCAUGGUGGAAAGCAUGGAACAGAAGCUGGAGCAGAAUCUGAUCCAGGGACCCAGCAAGGUGUUGCCUCAUUCGGUUCCUACUCUAAUGCCGCCAACCAGCACCUACCGGCCCCCACCGCCGGUUCUUCCCGCUCGGCUGGGCGUCUACGAGAGCGACUACGAGAGUGAUCGUUACAAGUACAGUGGCAGCGAGUCGGACGCGGACCACCAGCAGAAGGCUACUGCGGCGACGUCCUUCAAGUCCAGUGGCUACACAGCCGACACCGAGGAGCACUCCAGUUACCGCAAAUCGGAGACGAGCUACUUCGAGACCAAGUCGUCCUCCACUGCGGAGCCAAGACUACACCCUGAGCCGCCGCCGGCGACUUACUUGACUCCGAAGCCGAUACCACAAUCGAAUUUUAGCAGCCAGGAGGCGAAGGACUACAAGUUCACCUCGUCCUCCAUGACCAGCAACUACUCCCACAAUAUGCAGAGUAGUAGCAGCACUUCCCACCACGAGACCAAGUACUCCACGACGGGUGCCCCCGUGGUGACCUAUCCCAGCCCCAUUCCCGCCCAGCGGAAGACUCCUGCUGCCGAGUUCAGUGACUACAGCAGCGAGAUAGACGAACGCUUCCGAUCGGUGUCCCGGGCCAACGAGUCGGACGCAGAGAUCAAGGGCUACCGGGUGGUGUUCCCCCCUACACCAACCCCCCGCACAAACCUUGCCCCGGCCAACGGCCACAAGUCACCAGUGGUGGUAGUGACUCCCUCGCCCAUGGAGUUCGAGCCCACUCCGCCGGAGGUGGGUGGCUACACCAGGCCGAAGUUUGAGCCCAUUGGGGGUAAGGAGAUCAGGCACGAAAUACGAACGGAGACGGGCUCCAAACAGUCGAAGUUUGGACAACAACAGAGCCAGCCGGUGUUCAAGCCGAAGCCCGUGGCCGCCAAGUUUAUCGCAGCCACCCAACAACAAAACCAGCAGGCUCCACAGGCCACCGCCCGUCCGACCAUGUACUACAAUGCUGUUGCUGGAGCUCCGAUGCACCUGGCCAAGGUGGCCACCGAAACGAAGAACGUGAUGCAGAUGCACGAGUCCACGGAGAGCUCCCAGAGGGUGGUGAACAUGCAGCAGACUAAGCGGGUGAUCCACUUCGACAGGCCCAAUCAGCAGGACCAGACGGUGCUGGAACCCUUCCCCUACAGUCCGGCUGCCAGUCGCACGCCCUCGAGGCAGUCCCACCUUCCACCACCAGCGACACCCACAAAAUUCGUUCCCGGAGAGUUCCGGGAAAGCGACUACGAAAGCGAGGUGGAGGGAGCCCGAAUCCAGCCGCUUUGGUCGCCCUACGGGGACGGUCUGACCAAGGGCUAUAGGCGAGUAGCCGCACCUCAGACGGCGGGCCGAUCUUGCAGCCUGCCGCGAACCUAUGAAAGGGUGCUCUCGCCCAUGGAGUUCGACCGCGGGCCGGAGAUGCCCAGUAAAAUCCAUGUGGAUGUCAAUACGCUGCGAAAGGAGCAGCGCGGUGGGAGCACAGUCACUACCCAGCACCGCACCCAGUCCCUCAACAGGAACUCCACCAUGAGGCAACAGCAUCAGCAACAGCAGCAGCAGUCCAUGGAUCAGAUAGAUAGGGCCGGAACACUGCCCCGAUACGGUUACAACUCCCUGCAGCAGCAGGCAGAGAACCAGGGCCGCCGGUUGGGCUCGACUUUUCUCCAGAAGUCUCAUCAGUUCGUGGAGGAUGUGAGCCGCGACCUGAGAAGUAGCUCCACCACCGAAAACGGAGGCAUUCGUCAGGGCUUCCGACGGGCCCCCAGCGAAGGUAGCAGCCAGCAGCCGCAGGCCUUCCGGGACGAGUCGCGCGUGUCUCAGUACGAUCAGGGCACUCAAACGGAUAGUUUGCUAAUAACCGAAGAGGAACCGGCAGCGCAGAUGCGGGAACACCCCCUGGAUAAUGGGGUUCAUAAAACGCCUUUGCGAAAAUCCGCCUCGUUCUCCUCCUCCUCGACCAGCUCGCCGGCCAGCUCCACCCUGGGAUCGGCCACAUCGACCAUGUCGCUGCGCUCCUCGACGCCCCUGAGGAACAAUCACUCCAGCUCCAGUCGUACUCUCAGGAGUGACACCAUCAACACGUUCCAGAAGUGGGAGACCACGAUCGAGUCCAUAAGCUACGUGAGCACCAAGACCGUUUCCAUCUCGGAUUUCAGCCAGGAGCCGCAGCUGCGAGAGCAAACAGUGCAACAAUUUCCUGGAAGCCUCGGGGGUCCCUACGUGCCCCCUGCGCUAACACACGUGUACGCCCAGGGCGACAUCUCGCCACCCGUUUUUGAGCAAAUCUUCAAGAACGCUCGCUUCGCCCAGGGCGGCAACGCCCUGUUCGAGGGCCGGUUGAGGGGCAACCCGAAGCCAUUCGUGACAUGGACGCGGAAAGGCGCACCCCUUCUCGAGUCGCAGAAGUUCCGGAUGAGCUACAACGAGGCCACGGGCGACGUGUCCCUACUGAUUAACCAGAUCGGGCCCGGGGACGAAGGCGAGUACACGUGCACGGCCCGCAAUCAGUACGGCGAGGCCAUCUGCAGCGUCUACAUCCAACCGGAGGGGGCUCCCAUGCCGACACUGCAGCCAAUCCAGAACCUGGAGAAGAAUAUAUACUCGAACGGGUACUCCUUCACUUCCAUUGAGGAGGAGUUCCGCGUGGACACUUUUGAGUAUCGGCUGCUCCGCGAGGUGUCCUUCCGAGAGGCCAUUACCCGGCGCUCAGGCUACGAGCAGGACAGCCAGCUGUCCCAGGAAUUGGAUCGCUCCCAGGGUCCUGCGCAGGCUCCGCAAAUCUCGCAGAAGCCUCGCAGUUCGAAGCUGGUCGAGGGCUCCGACGCGGUCUUCACCGCUCGUGUCGGCUCGAACCCGAAGCCUCGUCUAACCUGGUUCCAUAACGGUCAGCGUCUGGUAGCCUCGCAGAAGUACGAGAUCUCCUACUCCAGCGGAGUGGCUACCCUCCGGGUGAAGAACGCCACCAUUCGCGAUGGCGGUCAUUACACUCUGUUGGCCGAGAACCUGCAGGGAUGCGUGGUUUCGUCUGCCGUGUUAGCCGUGGAGCCGGCCGCAGAGUCCGCUUACGAGCCUAAGCCGGUAGACAAUAUUGCCGAGCAACUGGAGUCGGGUAAGGCUCUGCCCCCCGCCUUUGUCAAGGCGUUUGGAGAUAGGGAGGUGACAGAAGGCCGCAUGACAAAGUUCGACUGCCGUCUGACCGGCAAUCCUUACCCGGAAGUGUUCUGGCUGAUCAAUGGGCGGCAAGUCCGUGACGACGCCUCCCACAAGAUCCUGGUCAACGAAUCCGGCAGUCACUCGCUGAUGAUCACCAACGUCACGCGCUUGGAUGCCGGAGCUGUGCAGUGCGUGGCCCGCAACAAGGCCGGCGAGGUGGCCAUCGAGGCACAGUUGAACGUGCUGGAGAAGGAGCAGGUUGUCGCACCACAAUUUGUUCAGCGCUUCAGCACCAUGACUGUCCGCGAAGGCGAGCCGAUCAGCAUGAGCGCCAACGCCAUCGGCACUCCGCAGCCGCGCAUCACCUGGCAGAAGGACGGAGUCCAGAUCUCGUCCACCCCCGACCGCUUCGUGGGCAUUGACGGUGGCGCCACCUGUUUGGAGAUUCCGCGAGUCAAGGCCAGCGACGCCGGGUGGUACCAGUGCACUGCCCAGAACAUCGCCGGAUCUACGGCCAACCGCGCUAGGCUGUACGUCGAGGUUCCUAGGGACCAGCCAAGUCAGGAGCAACGACGUCUCAAUCUCCCGAGACCAACGAAAGUCAUCGAGCCAGAGCCCAUUCCUGGCCCCGAAAUCAUCUAUCUGCGCCAUGUGGAGCGCGCCAAACCCCACUUGCGACCCGGCGAGGAGGACCGCGUGUAUCCGCCCCCGCAGUUCAUCAUACCACUGCAGAACGUGCAGCAAACCGAAGGUGGUCGCGUCCAUAUGGAAGCCCGCAUCGAGCCGGUUGGUGAUCCCAGCAUGGUCGUAGAGUGGUACCUCAACGGACGUCCACUGGCAGCAAGUGCCCGUGCCACUUCGGUCUUUAAGUUCGGCUUCAUCGCCCUGGACCUUCUAAGCAUUAUGGGCCACGACGCCGGCGAAUACAUGUGCCGCGUGAGCAACGCCAGCGGCGUGGCCGAAUCCCGGGCCAUUUUGUCCGUGGUUCAGCGCCCGUCCAUUGAGCAGUCGUCGCAGAACCCAAACAGCCUGCAGUACAUCAGCCAGCUGGAGGACUACUCGCGCUACUCGCGUCAGGAGAGUUCUGAAGAGCAGCUCAACCAGGCGCCGCAGUUCAUCCGCCCGUUGCGCGACCUCGGCGAGUUCGAGGAAGGCAAGAAUGUUCACUUCGAGGCGCAGGUUACGCCCGUCAACGAUCCUUCCAUGAGGGUGGAGUGGUACAAGGAUGGCCUGCCCAUCACGGCCAGCUCUCGCAUCACCGCUAUCUUCAACUUCGGCUAUGUCUCCCUGAACAUCUUGCACCUUAGAGCCGAAGAUGCCGGUACCUAUACUGUGCGGGCUGUAAACCGCAUUGGCGAAGCCAUCAGCCAGUCCACGAUCCGGGUUCAUACCCGAUCCCAGGUCACCGGCGAUCUGGGAAUCCCGGAGCAACAACGCUACAUCGAAAGCGUGGAGGAGUUGGAGGACUACCGCAAAUCCCAGCAGCGUCGCCACGUUCAAGAAGCGCCCCAGGCUAUUGCCCCACCUCAGUUCAAGACUCCGAUCCAGAACCAGUUGGAUCUGCACGAACACGCGCAUGCGCACUUCGAGGCAAGGCUCGAGCCGAUUGGCGACUCCACCAUGCGCGUGGAGUGGCUUAAGGACGGCCAACCUCUGGAAGCCAGUUCCAGGAUCACCACGUACCACAACUUUGGCUACGUGGCACUCACCAUCAAACAACUGACCAUCUACGACGCCGGCACCUAUACUUGCCGCGCCUACAACGCCAUGGGUCAGGACACCACUGUAGCCCAACUGACUGUGAUCUCCAAGAACGAGAUCGUAUCGGACUCCCAGCACCCAGGCGGCCUUCAAAAGAUCCAGCACUUGGAAGACUCGUCGCGGUACGGACGCCGCGAGGAAGAGGAGACCUACACCACCACUGCUCCUCGCUUCCUCGGUCCUCUCAAGGGCACCACCAAGAUUCUGGAGGGCCAACGCGCCCAUUUCGAGGCCCGAGUCGAGCCGCAGAGCGAUCUGGGCUUACGAAUCGAGUGGUAUCACAACGGCCGCGCCAUCACUGCUGCCAACCGCAUCCAAACUUAUCAUGACUUCGGCUAUGUCGCCUUGGACAUUUCCCAGGUUCGCGCCGAGGAUGCUGGCGUUUACAUAGUGGUGGCGAGGAACAAGCUAGGUGAAGCUCAGCAGCAGGCAACGAUGGUAGUGGAAACUCGUUCCAGUAUCGACACAUCUAGCAUGCACCGCGGCCUGUACGAAAAGACCCAGAACUUAGAGAACAAGCAGUUCGUAGAGCCACAGUACGACAUCGAGGAAAUUUCCAAGUCGAAACCAGUCUUCAUCCAGCCCUUGACUGACCCCAAGCCCAUCCAUGACGGCAAGAACAUCCACCUGGAGUGCCGACUGGAGCCCAUGGGCGACCCGACUAUGCGAGUGGAAUGGUUCCACAACGGCCGUCCCGUUACCGUGGGUUCCCGCUUCCGCACCUACUAUGAUUUUGGAUUCGUAGCUCUCGACAUCAUCAAAGCCACGGCAGCAGACUCCGGGGAAUACACUGUGAGGGCCACUAACCACCUGGGCUCGGCCCACACCUCCGCCUGCGUGCGGGUUAUCGAUCACACGGAUGUGGUGACUGAGACCCAAAACGAACAGUCUCUGGAGCAGAUUCAGCUGCUCGAGGAUUCACGGCGCCGUCACCACCAAGAAGAGGAUAUUACCGUCAUGCAGGCCCCCCAGUUCACCAGGGCUCUGCACAACAUCGAAACUGUGGAAGGCACCAAUGUCCACCUGGAGUGCCGCCUCCAGCCAGUCGGAGAUCCCAGCAUGCGCAUCGAGUGGUUCGUCAAUGGCAAGCCCGUGAAAACCGGUCAUCGCUUCCGUCCUGCCUACGAGUUCGACUAUGUGGCUCUCGAUCUGCUUGGCUGCUACGCCAUUGACUCAGGUGUCUAUACCUGCCAGGCUAGGAACCAGCUGGGCGAGGCUGUCACCUCCUGCUCCGUGCGCAUCAUUGCCAAGAACGAUUUGAUUCUGGAGACGCAAAACGAAUCGGGACUGCAGAAGAUCCAGUACUUGGAGGAUUCGUCGCGUUAUCGUCGCAACGAAUUCGUCGACGAGGUGGUGAACAUUCGUCCGCGCUUCCUCACUCAUCCCAAGAGUCUGACCAACACCCGCGAGGGUGGUCACGCCCACUUUGAGUGCAAAAUCGAGCCGGUAACCGAUCCCAAUCUGAAGGUGGAGUGGUUUAAGAACGGGCGUCCCAUCACUGUGGGCCACCGCUUCCGUCCCAUCCACGACUUUGGUUACGUGGCACUCGAUAUUGUCCAACUGAUUGCCGAGGACUCCGGUAUCUACACCUGUCGCGCCGUGAACCUCAUUGGCUCCGAUGAGACCCAGGUAGAGUUGCAGUGCCGCAGUGGUGAGCAGAUUGUCACCGUCACCCAGAACGAAGCCGGUUUGGAGCAGAUCCACUACCUGGAGGACCGGUCGCGCUACAGCCGUCGCGAGGAGAUUGACGAGAGCACCAAGCAGGCCCCGGUGUUCACUACGUCCUUGAAGAACAUCGAAAUUAAGGAGAACCAGAGGGCCCACUUCGAGUGCCGCUUAAUUCCCGUUUCGGAUCCAUCUAUGCGGGUAGAAUGGUACCACAACAACCUACCCCUCAAGUCGGGCUCCCGUUUCACUGAAACUAACAACUUCGGUUUCGUGGCCCUGGACAUUAUGGCGACUCUGCCUGAGGACGCCGGCACUUACACCUGCCGUGCAUACAACGCCGUAGGCGAGGCCAUCACCUCCGCCGUUGCUGUGGUGCACACCAAGAAGUCCAUCUACCUCGAGUCGCAGCACGAGACUGCACUGCCCCGGCUCCAGCACUUGGAGGAUGGUUCUAAGCGCCAGCGCAUCAGCGUGCAGGAAGAGUUUGUUUCCCAAGCUCCCGUCUUCACCAUGCCCGUACGUGAUGUCCGCGUGGCUGAAAAUCAGGCGGUGCACUUCGAGGCCCGCCUGAUCCCAGUCGGAGAUCCUAAUUUGAAGGUGGAGUGGCUGCGUAACGGACAGCCCAUUGAGGCCUCUAACCGUACCACCACCAUGCACGACUUUGGCUACGUGGCCCUCAACAUGAAGUACGUGAAUCCCGAGGAUUCUGGUACCUACACUUGCCGCGCGGUGAACGAGCUCGGCCAGGCAGUGACCUCCGCUUCCCUCAUCGUGCAAUCCAAGACCGCUAUUCAGUUGGAAACACAGCACGAGGCGGCCAUGCACAAGAUCCACCAGCUGGAGGAUCACAGCAAGUACCAGCGCAGGGAAGAGGAGGAGUACACAGUCACCACCGCACCGGUGUUUGUCACCAAGCUGAUCGGACCCAGCAGCCUGUUUGAGGGUCAAAGUGCCCACUACGAGUGCCGCAUCGAGCCCUACCCUGAUCCAAACCUUAAGGUGGAGUGGUUCCACAACGGGAAGCCACUAAGCACUGGCCACCGUUUCCGUACCACCUACGACUUUGGCUUUGCUGCUUUGGACAUUUUGACCGUCUACGCCGAGGACAGUGGAGAAUACACUUGCCGUGUGACCAAUAAUCUGGGAGAAGCCGUGAACUCGAUUGUACUGAAUGUAACUUCGCGCUCAUCUAUCAUCCACGAAACUCAGCACGAGGAGGCUCUGACCAAGAUCCAGCAUCUGGAAGAUACCUCCCGCUUCCAGCGAAAGACCGACGAGGAGCAGUUCCAUGCCGAGCGCCCGCAAUUCGGACGUCCCCUUCGCAACGCCAAGGUCAACGAAGGCACUCCCGUCCAUCUGGAGGCCACUUUGAUUCCGGUCAAUGACCCCACCAUGAAGGUGGAGUGGUACUGCAACGGCAGACCCAUCCAGACAGGCCAUCGCUUCAAGACCACCUAUGAUUUCGGUUUCGUGGCAUUGGAUAUCCUCUAUGCCCACGCCGAGGAUACUGGCACCUACAUGUGCAAGGCCAAGAACGCCGUGGGAGAAGCUGUCACGACUUGUGCUGUAAACGUCACAGCAAACAAGACACUUGAUCUUGACACCUUGGAUGCCCAGCGGCUGGAGAAGAUUCGCCAGCUAGAGAGCUACGCACCACCCACCAAGGUUGAAGUUGAGGAAAAGGGUCAGAAGCCCAUCUUCCUAACCCCGCUGAGCAACCUGGAGCACCUGAAGGAGGGUGAGCACGCCCAUCUGGAGUGCCGCGUGGAGCCGAUCAACGAUCCGAACCUGAAGAUCGAGUGGUUCUGCAACGGCAAGCAGCUGCCCACAGGUCACCGCUACCGCACCACCCACGAUUUUGGUUAUGUCGCCCUGGACAUCCUAUACGUAUACGGCGAGGACACCGGUACCUACAUCUGCAAGGCGACCAAUCUCUUGGGCGAAGCCGUAAACACUUGCAACGUGCGCGUCCUGAACCGCCGUAGUAUGAUUUUGGACACCCAGCAUCCUGACGCCUUGGAGAAGAUCCAGAAGUUGGAGUCAAAGAUAGUAAAUGCUCGCACCGAGGUGGGUGACAGUCCCAUUAGUCCGCCCCAUUUCACUGCCGAGCUACGCGGAUCGACCGAGAUCUACGAGGGUCAGACGGCCCACUUCGAGGCCCAGGUGGCUCCUGUGCAUGAUCCCAAUCUGAGGAUUGAGUUCUACCACAACGGCAAACCCUUGCCAUCGGCGUCUCGCUUCCACAUCACCUUCGACUUCGGUUAUGUGUCCUUGGACAUCACCCACGCCGUGGCCGAGGAUGCUGGCGAGUACUCUGUGCGAGCUGUGAACGCUUUGGGUCAGGCUGUGUCCUCCACCAACUUGCGAGUGAUUCCACGCGGCACCAUCAUCUCGGACACCCAGCAUCCCGAAGGUCUGGAAAAGAUUCGCAAGCUGGAGUCAACAGCUCCGCACCAGCGCCAGGAGCCGGAAACCCCUGGAACGCGCCAGCGCCCUGUGUUCACGCAGCCGCUCCAGAAUAUUGAUAGGAUAAACGAGCACCAGACAGCACACUUUGAGGCGCGCCUGAUCCCUGUUGGAGAUCCCAAUCUGAAGGUGGAGUGGUACCGCAACGAGAAGCUCAUCGAGGACAGUUCGCGCAUCACCAAGCAGCAUGACUUUGGCUACGUUUCGUUGGACAUCUCGCACAUCCGCAAGGAGGACGAGGGCGUUUACAUGUGCCGCGCCGUCAAUCCUUUGGGCGAGGCCGUAACCACAGCCUCUAUGCGCGUGGUUUCAGAAGCCAGCAUCCAAAUGGACACCCAGCAUCCGGACAGCAUCAGCCGCAUCCACCAGCUGGAGAAGCCAGUGGCUCCGCGUCCCAGCGAGCCGGAGCGUCUCUUUGAGAAGCCCAUAUUCACUCAGCUGCUCACUGGACCUUCGGAGCUAUGGGAAGGUGCCCACGCUCACUUCGAGGCACGUGUGGUGCCUGUGGGCGAUCCCUCGUUGAAGUUCGAGUGGUUCAUCAACGGCGUCGAGCUGCAAAUGGGCUCCCGCUUGCGCACCACACACGACUUUGGAUUUGUCACCUUGGACAUUGCCGCCGUGGUACCCGAGGACGCUGGAGUGUACAUGUGCCGCGCCUACAACGCCGCUGGGGAAGCCGUCUCGUCCACCGCCAUGAAGGUCAAGACAAAGUCCAACAUCGACGGUCAACCUUUGAUCCCUGAGUCCUGGGAGGCCAUUCGUCUAAAGGAAGCUGCUAUGAACCGCGUGCCGGAAAUGUUCGUGGACUCCACUCCUCAGCAGGCCCCAGUCUUUACUACCCAUCUGCAGAGCUACGACAAGCUUCACGAAGGCCAGCACGUGCUGCUGGAGGCCCAGGUGGAGCCUCGAGCGGAUCCCAAUCUGCGCAUCGAGUGGUUCAAGAACGGCAUUUCCCUCACCACUGGCUCCCGCAUCCGCAGCACCUUUGAUUUCGGUUUGGUCACUCUUUCCAUCAACGGACUGCGUGCGGAUGACUCCGCCAUUUACACCUGCAAGGCCACCAACCAAGUGGGCGAGGCCGUUUCAACGUCCUCACUUAAGAUCGAGGAUCGCCACUGGCUACAGGCAGAGUCGCUGCAUCCGGACUCGCUUCCGCGCAUUGGAGAGCUGGAAGCACCUAAAGAGGGACGUCCGGAAGCCCCGGAGCCUACGUAUGAGACCCCGGUGUUCAUCACACACUUGAACAACAUCGAGUGCAAGGAGAGCGACAAUGUGCGCUUCGAGUGCAACGUGGAGCCGGCGCGUGAUCCGACCAUGUCUAUCGAGUGGUUCUAUAACGGCCAGCCGCUCCAGGCCGCCGCUAAAUUCAAGUCCAUCUACGACUUCGGCUACUGCGCUUUGGACCUGACUAACUCGUACGCCGAAAACAGCGGCGUGUACACAUGCAAGGCCACCAACAGCAAGGGCUCGGCCACCACCUCGGGCACCCUCAAGUGCACUGGUGGUAAGACCAUGUUCCUCGACACCCAGCAUCCGCAGGGUGAGAGCGGCUUGGAAGCUGUUCAGGAGACUGAGCAGGAGCUGGCCAACCGUUACAGCCAGAAGACCACUAAGCCGGAGACUCAGUACCCGCCGCCAGUAUGGACCAAGCCGCUGCAGGCUGAGUUCCACCUCUCGGAGGCGCAGCCGAUUCACCUGGAGGCCAAUGUGGAGCCCAAGGAGGAUCCCAACCUAUUCAUCGAGUGGUACUUCAACGGCAAGAUGCUGAACCACGGCUCUCGUUUCAAGAUGACGAGCGAAUUUGGAUUCGUGACCAUGGACAUGAUCGAAGUAUACUCCCGCGACCAGGGUAUCUACACCUGCAAGGCCUACAACAAGGCCGGGGAGGCCUUUACCUCCACGACCAUUUUCUGUUCGGACAAGGAAAACAUCAUUGAGUCCACCCAGCACCCGAAGGGAGCCGAGGGCUUGGAACAGAUCCAAGACCUGGAGGAUUCGCUGCGCAAAGAUGGCUCAAAGCCCGAGCAGCCGGAUCAGGGCAUUCCGCCGCGCUUCACCACCGAGUUUGUCAACAUUGCCGACAUCGGAGAAGGCGAACUGGCCCACUACGAGGCUAAUCUUGUCCCAGUGGGUGACCAGAGCAUGGUCAUCGAGUGGUUCUACAAUGGCAAGGUUCUGGAAGCCAGUCACCGCGUCCGCACCAUUUACGCAUUCGGCACGGUUGCCCUGGAGGUCCUUGGCACAAAAAUCGAAGACACCGGUACCUACACUUGCCGUGCCACAAAUAAAUACGGCACCGCCGAGACCAGCUGCACUUUGGAGUGCGUGGAUAAGCCGAGGGGCCAGAAACCACGCUUCACCUCUCACAUCCAGCCGCUGGAGGGCUUGAAGGACGGUCAGUCGGCCCACUUCGAGUGCACCUUGAUCCCCGUGAAUGACCCAGAUCUUAAGGUCGAGUGGUACCACAAUGGAAAGUUGAUGCGUCACUCCAACCGCAUCAAGACCGUCUCCGACUUUGGCUACGUCGUCCUAGAUAUUUCAUACCUUCAGGACCAUGACAGUGGUGAGUACGUGUGCCGUGCAUGGAACAAGUACGGCGAAGACUUUACUCGCACCACUCUUAACUGCGGCGGUCGCGGUGGAGUCUUCUACGACAGCCUCCAGCCGGACUCGCUGCAGAGGAUCAGGGAGCUGGAGUGCCCACAAGGUCAGCAGGCCGAUACCUCUGCUCCCCUGGUAGCCGAACCACCAAAGUUCAUCACCCAGAUCAGCGACGUCACCAAACUGGUGGAAGGCCAGUCGGCUCACUUCGAGGCUCGUCUGACCCCCAUAACCGAUCCCGACCUGGUGGUGGAGUGGUAUUUCAACGGCAAGAAACUGCCCCAUGGCCACCGAUUCCGCACCUUCCACGACUUUGGAAUCGUUAUUCUGGACAUUUUGUACUGCUACGAGGAGAACUCAGGAGUUUACGAAUGCAGGGCCUACAACAAAUACGGCGAGGACGUGACCCGGGCUUCACUGAAGUGCGCUUCGAAGGCCAGCCUUAUUCUGGACUCGCAACUACCGCGCGGAAUGGAGGGCGGUCUGGAGAAGAUCGCAAACUUGGAGUACAGCAUGGUGCGUACUCGCGACGAAACCACAGAGGAGACCAAGGGCAAGGCUCCGGUCUUCACUGUUCCGCUGGAGAACAUCGAAAAUCUGCGCGAGGGUGAGAACGCCCAUUUCGAGGCCAGGAUUACCCCUGCCGACGACCCCAAGUUAAAGGUCGAAUGGUACUGGAACGGACGUCCACUAAAGGCUGGUUCUCGGUUCCGUACCUUCUGCGACUUUGGCUUCGUCAUCCUCGAAAUCUCUCCUGUUUAUCCCGAAGACUCCGGCGAGUACUCUUGCCGUGCCAUCAACGAGUAUGGUGAGGCUGUGACCACCGCCACAAUGAAGAUCCAAGGCAAACGCAGCAUCAUCAUGGAGUCGCAGUUGCCAAAGGGCAUGGAAGGCACCAUAGAUCGCAUUGCCGAACUGGAGGGCCUGGGAUCUCGCAGCACUGAAUUUGUUCCGGAUGAUGACACUGGCAAGCCGCCUGAGUUCAUCACGACGCCCUUCGACAUGGUCAUCACGGAGAACUCGCUGGCCCACUUCGAGUGCCGCCUGCAGCCGAUCAACGACCCGUCAAUGCGCGUGGAUUGGUUCCACAAUGGCAAGGCCUUGUGGGCUGGAUCUCGCAUCAAGACAAUCAAUGACUUUGGCUUUGUGAUCCUUGAAAUUGCCGGAUGCUACCAGCGCGACACCGGAUUGUAUACCUGCAAGGCAACCAAUAAGCACGGCGAGGCCCAGGUCUCGUGCAAGCUGCAGGUCAAGGGUCGCCAGGGCAUCGUAAUGGAGCCCCAACUGCCGUCCAACUUCCGCACCGGCACUGAGAGCCUGCAGAAGCUGGAGGAGAGCAUGCACAAGCGCGAGGAGAUCGUAAUCGACGAGGAGCAGCCGAACCCGCCCAAGUUCAUCGAGGACAUCAAGGACAAUCUGGACGUGCCAGAGGGCGGUCCCAUACACUUCGACUGCCGCGUGGAGCCCGUGGGCGAUCCAUCCAUGCGUAUCGAGUGGUUCUACAACGGUCAUGUCAUGGCCACUGGCUCAAGAGUGCACCAGCUGAACGACUUCGGAUUCAUCGCCUUGGAUAUUGACUACAUCUAUGCCAGGGACUCUGGAGAGUACACUUGUCGGGCUACCAACAAGUGGGGCACUGCCACCACCACCGCCAAGGUAACCUGCAAGGGCAAGCACAACAUCGUCUACGAAUCGCAGCUGCCUGAGGGCAUGACCUCCGAGAAACUCAAGGAACUGGAGCGCGGUCGCAUCCCUGAGGCCCCGAAGGUAGUGGAACAAGAGUUCGGUCCGCCGAAGUUCGUCACCCAGAUCACCUCCGUAACCGUGGAUGAGGCAGAAGCCGUAAGAUUCGAAUGCCAGGUUGAGCCCAAGACCGAUCCCAGCCUGCGCGUUGAGUGGUACCGCAACGGCAAGCCACUUCCUUCCGGACAUCGGUACAGGAACAUCUUCGACAUGGGCUUCGUGUCCCUAGACAUUCUGUAUGUCUACGGCGAAGACUCCGGGGAGUAUGUGUGCCGUGCUAUUAAUAACCACGGCGAAGACCGCACCAAGGCCACCGUGUCUUGCAAGAAACUGCCAACUAUCCUGCUCCAGAACCAGGUGCCGCGCGGCAUGAAGCGUUCGGAGACUCUGACCCAAAUGGAAGCCACCAUCAAGAAGUACACUUCUGAGGUUCACCUGACCGAAGAUGACCUCUUCGACCCUGACCGCAAGCAGCCGCCUAGGUUUGUUACUCAGAUUAAGGAUCAGACCUCCCUUACCGAAAUGGCUGUGACCAAAUUCGAAUGCCAACUGGCUCCAGUGGGCGAUCCAAACAUGAAGGUUGAGUGGUUCUUCAAUGGCAAGCCCCUGUUAUACAAGAAUCGCUUCCAGCCAAUCUACGACUUUGGCUACGUAGCCAUGAACUUCGGCUGGGUUUACCCCGAGGACAGCGGAGAGUACGUGUGCCGGGCCACCAACUUGUACGGCAUGGACGAGACCCGUGCUAUCAUCAAAGUGGCUGGCAAACCAGGAAUCGUGUACGAUUCCCAGUUGCCCGCUCACAUGCAGAGCAUUGACCGCAUUCGCGAAAUGGAAGCCUCUUGGCAAGUGGUGCCUGAGGAGGUUGAUCCCGACGCCAAACCCAGAACCAAGCCGGUAUUUGUGAGCAAGCUGGAGCCCCAGAUUGUGGAGGAGGGCGAGCCCGCUCGAUUCUGUGUCCGCGUUACUGGCCACCCACGUCCCAGAGUCAUGUGGUUGAUCAAUGGUCACACCGUGGUGCAUGGCUCCCGGUACAAGCUGACCAACGACGGUAUGUUCCACAUGGAUAUUCCGAAGACCCGUCAGUACGACACCGGCAAGGUGGAGGUGAUUGCCCGCAACUCCGUGGGCGAAUCGAUCGCCACCACUGAGCUGAAGGUGGUUGCCCGUUCCGACGAUUACCGCAAUGUGCUAAAGAACUCUCCACGCCGCAUCGUUGGAUCGAAGGACUACCGCAAGCCGGAAUGGGUGACUCACAUGGAGGAGAUGCAGGUGGCCCUCAAAGAAACAGCAACCACUAAGGUGGAAAAACAAUCCAUACAGCAACAAGAACACGUGCAAGAACACGUAAAACAAGAACAAGUGCAGAUACAAAGUCAGUCUCAACAAAUAUUGCUAACGAAAACGAAAACCAAAAAGCGUAGGAAACACACACAACUCGAAACCCAGGAACUGGUUAUUGACGACUCCAUUUCCGAUCAAUACGAACACAGUGCAACACUGGCCCACGAAACAAGCACGGGCUCACCGCAGGCAGAAACUCUCGAUCAGAUUGACGAGCACCUGCCCACAUACGAGACACUAACCUUGCAAAACUUACCAAAGGACACGGUCGAAACCAUAGCAGUCACAGUCACCACAGAACUUUCUACACCCAAAGCCUUUCCAGCUCAGGUGCAGGAUGAAAUGUUGCCCCAAAAGGUAUUGCCCAUUCGUGAAGAGUGUCUGGUUCUUGAUGAGGUGGCGUUGCACAAGGAAAUCCCCACAGUGCAAGAGAGUAAGCUCAGGGAACAGGUGGAAGUUAGGCCAAAACACGCUGUGGACAUAGUCGAAACAGAAGUUACGGAGGCACCCAAAGAACUGAAGCCUUCCAGGAUUCCCAAAUCGGUGAAAGCUCAGCAGAAGCUAAAGGAGACGCGUCCAUUGUUGGUUGAAGCUCCAAUCACUGAGGAAAAAACCGAGGAAGUGCAGCCUUUUAAACCCGACGCCCAUAGGGCUCACGGAGACAUUGAGAUGUUCCAAGAACUGACCAAAGAACAACAGUCGUCCUUGGACACUUUUGAGCAGUUAAGAUCAAGUCAGGCGAUUGAGGAAACCGCUCGAUCAACAAUGCUGCACCAGGAGGGGGUCAUUAUCACAGAAGCUGUCAUCGACGAUACGAUUGUUCCAGAAAUCAGGCAGGAGAAACCACAAAGCGAGAAAAUUUCUCCCAGUAUUAUGGCGAAUACAGAAGUCAGCAUAAGCGAGUACCACCCAGAGGAUUCACUGGGAGAACUUCGUCUACCCAGUCUUGUUCGUACGGAGAGCUCUACCACAUCCGUAAUUGAGCACAAAGCUGUGAACACCUGUGCUUCGGAACCGUUGGACACAGUGGAUUUCUUGCCCACAGAUUCCCGGCCAAUCAAAUAUAAAGCUGAGGUGACCCUGAAACCCGAGGAUAUUCCAAUCGUGAUGCAGGAAAUUGAACCCUUCGAAAGUGUAUCAGACAGGAAACUUAUCGAGGAACGUAUUGCUAAAACUAAAGCAACGCAACAGUUGGUGUUAGUUGAGGGCGUGAUCAAUACUACAGCAGACUCCCAGAGCCCCACUGAUGAGAACAUACCCAUUUUUGAUAAAGACAUCAGGGAGGCUAAACCAGAUUUUCAAACACAAUUUCAUGUCACUACUUACGAAACAGUGCCGACCGAAGGAGCCUUAAAGGAUCUGGCAGACAUCACUGCCCCCAAAAUGGUUGAAGGAACUGUGUCCCAACCAAGUACUUUAACUAUUGGCGAAACUGAGGAAACUAACUUGGCAGAAUCAGCGAAAGCUUUUACGGAACCUGUAGUUGAAUUGGCGAAACCAGCUAAAAGGGCCUUGACCCAGGCUUAUGGAACCGCAGAGAGCGCCCAAGAGCCUCAGUUCGACGCUCUCGGUAUCGUCGCUGAUGAAGAUCGCAAGGCGGAGCACGGAAGAAUUAAGAUAAUUGAUGGAGAAAUCGUGGCGCAAAUUCAGACCCCAUUAGUUAUUGAAAGCGAACAAGAUAUGAGCUCCGAUACGCCAAAGUUUGAGGAUGCAAAGAUUAAUUUCGUGGAACAGGCUGCACUAAAUAUUGAACAGCUUACAAUGGCAGAAAACGAAUCGGUCAUGCAGACAGCUGUGCCACAAGCACCACAGUUGGCCGAGGGAAAAAUGGUGCCUGGUGAACUUAAGGCGAGCAGUGUUCUUGAAGUUCAGACUGGAAUAAGCUCAGGUGAAGUCUUAGCACAGGCCACAAAACCUGCGUCUGCGGUUCGGGCCUUUGAAACUUUGCCGAUUGGAGUUUCCAGCCGGCCAGGUGUAAUGGAAAGCAGUGGUCUCCUGGAACCAUGUCUACAACCUGAACACAAAACGGGAACUGUAACCCUGGAUGAAAAGCAAAUAUCUUUGGAGGUAACUAAUGUGCAAAUAACAGAAUCCAGUACGGAGCUGCCGGAAAAUCUUCCACAAAAACUGCUAUCCGAGCCCCAGCUAGUUCCCGACACUUUAAAGCACGCCACAGGCCUGGAGGUCAUUUCUAUGGAGUCCACAUCUGAUAAUAAGCAGGAAAGCAAGCCCUCAAUGUCUUUGGCACAAGUCAGUUUGUCUGCAAAUUAUGGAACCAAGGUCAGCCAACCGUCGGUACUAGAAAGUGUAGAGGAUCACCACAGGGAUCUGCAGCCCCAGCUGCAAACCUCGGACACGCAUUUUGGUUUGCUGCAGCCAUUGGAAACUACCACAUGCAUAACCCUGGAGAGUGAUACGACCUUUUCUCCUGAAGACUCUCAUUCCCUUCAGAACGCUUUUAUCGGAACAUCUCGUCCCUUGCAGGUGGCCGACACUACAAUUGCUGAACAUUUGGAGGUCAUUGAACAGCUUGCUGAGCAAAAACCUCAACAAUUGCAGGCAUAUUUAGGCAUGAACGAAAUCAACCUGCCACAUGUUGCCGAAGACGUACCACUAGAUGCAGUGCAAGAUUACACCUCAUCUGAGGUUGCAAAGCCAUCGGUCAGUAAUAUGCAAAUCGUAGAAGUAAUAUCAACCCUAAAUACAAGUACGACUAUUGUAAGCGAAGGAACGACGGAGUUACCGAAUAAAGAUCUUCCCGUUCAGAUUCUAGCUUCCUCAAAACUUAACGAAUUCCUACCAAAACCCUCCGUUACAGAACAGGCAGUCCUGGAAAAUGCUGCUGGCCUGAACACUGAGUUAGCUAAGCCCGCAGUGGUACAGCAGACCUUUAGUAGCUUUAAUGAAAUAAAUGUUUGCGAAACUGAAGCUUUGGAAAAAGAAGAUCUACUGGAAGGUGUUGCCCACCCAACUGAGCAACUGAUUAGUGUUGUCAUGGACACAACUUCAGCUGUUGCUCUAGUUCGAAAUGAGGACUCACUUGAGCUUGAACAAAAUCUUCAGAUUUCUAUGCCAAAAUCGGAACAGGCGAAGACCACUACAUCAGAGCUUCCUAAAUUGCCAAUUGUCGAAGACAUACAGGAAGUCCAAAGCGCUGGGGAUAUGGUUGACUUCAAAGUAUUCGACAAAUAUGCAUCCCCCCAAAUUGACAUUCUCAACGAAAUUAAAUCUUCUGAAGUCAUUGUUUAUGAUUCUGUUUCAAAGGACAUAGAAGUAUCGCAUUUAGACAAAGUUGCUGCUCAAAAGUCUCUAGUUUCACAGAAACACGUGACUGUGAGUGAAAACGUUGUAAUUGAUGAUACUAAACUAUUACAAGAUUUUCAAACUGAUCAACGAACUGCACAAAGAGUUCAGGAUAAUCUAAGUCAUUCAAUACUCGCGCAGGAUCUAAGCAUAUUGGAAUCAGAAAGUAGUCUGAAUGCUGAAACUACACAAGCCCAGACAGCAAAGCUUGGGGAAGACAUUCCCAGAUUUCAGGCAAAUCUUGUUGAAGAAGCUGUUUCUUAUGAAGCCAUGGGAAAACAAAAACCAUCUGAAAAAUAUAACGAGCAAAGUGCGGUAAUAACCCAUGAAUUAGCUCAAGUCCAGGCAACCGAAAUACAGCAAGUAGUUGACAGUGAAAUAAAUCUAAUAACUCCUGAACAAUCCUUUGCUUUAGCAAGUUCAAAUGCUGAGCCUUCGCUUCUGGGAUUGCCAGUUACAAUGAAAACAAUGACAGAGGAAAAAGUUGAUGAUUUGUAUUGUAAAAAACCCUCCGAGAAAACGGCUGAGGUUAACUAUGAAAAUAAGAAGCAUGAGGUGAAUGUUUGGGAUGUCCAAAGUAUAGAGGAGUCUGAGGAUCUGGCCAAACCAGAUAUGGAGACCUCAACGGCAGCCGAGUCAAUCGAUGUAAUGUUUAAGGCCAUUUCGGAGUCAGAUCAGCCACAAGUUUUCUUGAAGGAGUCGACUGUUUCGAUUUUGGCUCCCGUAGAGGUAAAAGCAAAAUCUGUGACCAAUCUGCUGCAAGAAACCACAAUAUCAGAUGUCUUUGCUCUUGAGUCUUCAGAACACAUUGAAGACUUUCAGGUCAGUGUAAAAGAAGCCCAAAUGAAGCUUUUUACAGAUGAAGCGUCCAAUAAAGUAAACGUUCGAACAAAAAACGUUCUUCUGCAUAAAGAAGAGAUUUUAGAAAAUACACUUAAAGAACGCUUUGGAAAGCCAUUAAUUGAAGGAUCGCAGCAGGAAAUGCUUGUAACCGAAAUUGUGCCUUUUGAAGAUGUGGAUAUACCACUUAUACCAGAAGGGCCAAACAAAUUGCAAGCCACCUCGACGACUAGUGACACAACCUACCAAUCACAUGUUGUAGAAACGCAAAUUGCUUUGGAGCUGGAAGGCAAAACCACUGAUGUGAUUGAAAGUAUUUUCCAAGCCAAAGUUAAAUCGGAUCACGUUAACAUUCAUAAAACCAUUCUUGAAGUCAACACCUAUGAAAAAACGAAAGACAUGAAGGAUGCAAAGAACCAGGACGCAUUUGGAAAGAUUUCCAAAGAUGUGGAAGUAGGCAAAGCUCAUGUGACGACAAUACAAUCAUCUUUCCUUAAAGAGGAUAUCCUCCCUCAAUUCGAUGCCCGAAACGAUAAAGCUCAAGUAUCUUCUGAGGAACUUAAAGCACUUGUAACUGAGGAGGUAGUAGGAUUGAGCUCCAUUCAAGAAACUUAUGAACUAAAAGUUCCACCUGAACACAAAGCGACUGUCAUACCUCAAAGACCCCGAGAAGCAACUGAAGUUUCUGAGCAAACCACAUUUGAAGAAAUUCCGGAUAUUGGCGCGCAACCAACUGAUACGCUUCAUACAAUCCCUACUCCUGUAGAAAUACUUUACAGCCCAGUAAAGAGUUCAAUAGUCAAUGUCUAUGAAAACAUAGAAGGCCAUGGAGAUUUUAAGCCAGAUAGUGCAAUACCAUCAUUUGAUGAGGCAAUACCUUCUGAAUUGAACGUUUCAGUUGUAGAAGAGGUGAUUGCAAUGCCAACUUUAGGCCUUCUCUCAGCGAAACACAAUGAGGAGUUGAUAGCGAUGCCGAAGUCAAUUCUACACAGAAACAUCAUAUGUAGCGAGCAACUUUCGUAUGAAGCUGAAAUUCCGCUUUUGGAAAACAAGGCACCAUCUACAGAGAAAGCUAUACAGGCGCCUGUUAACCAAAGAUUUGCACCUGUUAUAAAUGAAGAACAUGAAAAGGGGACAAUACAAGAGUUAACCGAUUUUCAAGUUGAAGAAACACGAGUUCUUUCUUCAAUUACCACUCAAAGUACGUAUCUAAGUGAACAGACACUAGCUCAUGAAGAAGUCAAUUUAUUAGAGAAUCAAGAACAAAAACACAAUAAGAAAGCAAAGAUAAGUUUUUCGACCAACACCAUAGCCACUACUGAACAGUUAGACACAUUCAACACAGAAGGAAGUGAAGUCAAGCCACAUACACCUGAAAAUAUACCUUCUGUAUUCGUCCACGAAGGCCUAAGAAACGUUAUACAAACAACACACUUUGUAUCGGAGUCUACACAUGACAUUCCACCACAGACUGAAUCUUCACACUUUGUAGAGGAGAUAAAAACAGAACCACUUGUUAGAGCAGACGACACUGAUAGACAUCCAAUUCAGGAAAAAGUUAAAAUAGAGAGUUCCACAAAACAAAAAUUAAAGAAAACGGUAACACCUAAAAUAGAUACAGAACAAACCACAAACACACCACACACUAAACCAAAGACACAAACUAUAAAUCAAGAAUCUGUCGAAACCAUAGCAACUGUCGAGGAGGAUGACAAAACACAUGCCAUCACCGUUGAAGAGUCAAAAACCAAAGAAAUGGUGCCCGAAACUAUUGAAGAACUUCCAGAGGAGGUUCGAGUUGUUGAAACCGUCUCCGAAGACGGCAAGCCGAAAAAGAAGAAGAUACGCACCCGUGUCAUCAAGAAGGUCAAGGGUGAUAAGCAGGAAGUCACCAAAAUCGAAACUGUCGAGGAGGAUGACAAAGCACCUGAGACAACGGUCACUGUCGAAGAAUCGGAAGCUGAGCCAGUCGUGGCACAACCUAUCGAAGAACUGCCCGAAGAGGUACGCGUUGUUGAAACCAUCUCCGAAGACGGCAAGCCGAAAAAGAAGAAGAUUCGCACCCGUGUCAUCAAGAAGGUCAAGGGUGAUAAGCAGGAAGUCACCAAAAUCGAAACUGUCGAGGAGGAUGACAAAGCACCUAAGACAACGGUCACUGUCGAAGAAUCUGAAGUCGAGCAGGUCGCGCCGGAAGCGAUUGAUGAACUUCCAGAGGAGGUCCGCGUUGUUGAAACCAUCUCCGAAGACGGCAAGCCUAAGAAGAAGAAGAUUCGCACCCGUGUCAUCAAGAAGGUCAAGGGUGAUAAGCAGGAAGUCACCAAAAUCGAAACUGUCGAGGAGGAUGACAAAGCACCUGAAACAACAGUCACAGUCGAAGAAUCUGAAGUCGAGCAGGUCGCGCCGGAUGCGAUUGAAGAACUUCCAGAGGAGGUCCGCGUUGUUGAAACCAUCUCCGAAGACGGCAAGCCUAAGAAGAAGAAGAUUCGCACCCGUGUCAUCAAGAAGGUCAAGGGUGAUAAGCAGGAAGUCACCAAAAUCGAAACUGUCGAGGAGGAUGACAAAGCUCCUGAGACAACAGUCACUGUAGAAGAAUCUGAAGUCGAGCAGGUCGUGCAGGAAGCGAUUGAAGAACUUCCAGAGGAGGUCCGCGUUGUUGAAACCAUCUCCGAAGACGGCAAGCCUAAGAAGAAGAAGAUUCGUACACGAGUCAUCAAGAAGGUCAAGGGUGAUAAGCAGGAAGUCACAAAAAUCGAAACGGUCGAGGAGGAUGACAAAGCUCCUGAGACAACAGUCACUGUCGAAGAAUCUGAAGUCGAGCAGGUCGUGCAGGAAGCCAUUGAAGAACUUCCAGAGGAGGUUCGCGUUGUUGAAACCAUCUCCGAAGAAGGCAAGCCUAAAAAGAAGAAGAUUCGCACCCGUGUCAUCAAGAAGGUCAAGGGUGAUAAACAGGAAGUCACCAAAAUCGAAACUGUCGAGGAGGACGACAAAGCUCCUGAGACUUCAGUCACUGUCGAAGAAUCUGUAGUCGAGCAGGUUGCGCCGGAAGCCAUUGAAGAACUUCCAGAAGAGGUUCGCGUUGUUGAAACCAUCUCCGAAGACGGCAAGUCUAAGAAGAAGAAGAUUCGCACCCGUGUCAUCAAGAAGGUCAAGGGUGAUAAGCAGGAAGUCACCAAAAUCGAAACUGUCGAGGAGGAUGACAAAGCUCCUGAGACAACAGUCACAGUCGAAGAAUCGGAAGUCGAGCAGGUCGCGCCGGAAGCCAUUGAAGAACUUCCAGAGGAGGUUCGCGUUGUUGAAACCAUCUCCGAAGAAGGCAAGUCUAAGAAGAAGAAGAUUCGCACCCGUGUCAUCAAGAAGAUCAAGGGUGAUAAGCAGGAAGUCACCAAAAUCGAAACUGUCGAGGAGGAUGACAAAGCACCUGAAACAACAGUCACAGUCCAAGAAUCUGAAGUCGAGCAGGUUGCGCCGGAAGCCAUUGAAGAACUUCCAGAAGAGGUUCGCGUUGUUGAAACCAUCUCCGAAGACGGCAAGCCUAAGAAGAAGAAGAUUCGCACCCGUGUCAUCAAGAAGGUCAAGGGUGAUAAACAGGAAGUCACCAAAAUCGAAACUGUCGAGGAGGACGACAAAGCUCCUGAGACAUCAGUCACUGUCGAAGAAUCUGUAGUCGAGCAGGUUGCGCCGGAAGCCAUUGAAGAACUUCCAGAAGAGGUUCGCGUUGUUGAAACCAUCUCCGAAGACGGCAAGCCGAAAAAGAAGAAGAUUCGCACCCGUGUCAUCAAGAAGGUCAAGGGUGAUAAACAGGAAGUCACCAAAAUCGAAACUGUCGAGGAGGAUGACAAAGCUCCUGAGACAACAGUCACAGUCGAAGAAUCGGAAGUCGAGCAGGUCGCGCCGGAAGCCAUUGAAGAACUUCCAGAGGAGGUUCGCGUUGUUGAAACCAUCUCCGAAGACGGCAAGCCUAAGAAGAAGAAGAUUCGCACCCGAGUCAUCAAGAAGGUCAAGGGUGAUAAGCAGGAAGUCACCAAAAUCGAAACUGUCGAGGAGGACGACAAAGCUCCUGAGACAUCAGUCACUGUCGAAGAAUCUGUAGUCGAGCAGGUUGCGCCGGAAGCCAUUGAAGAACUUCCAGAAGAGUUUCGCGUUGUUGAAACCAUCUCCGAAGACGGCAAGCCUAAGAAGAAGAAGAUUCGCACCCGUGUCAUCAAGAAGGUCAAGGGUGAUAAGCAGGAAGUCACCAAAAUCGAAACAGUCGAGGAGGAUGACAAAGCUCCUGAGACAUCAGUCACUGUCGAAGAAUCGGAAGUCGAGCAGGUCGUGCCGGAAGCCAUUGAAGAACUUCCAGAGGAGGUUCGCGUUGUUGAAACCAUCUCCGAAGAAGGCAAGCCUAAAAAGAAGAAGAUUCGUACCCGUGUCAUCAAGAAGGUCAAGGGUGAUAAGCAGGAAGUCACCAAAAUCGAAACAGUCGAGGAGGAUGACAAAGCUUCUGAGACAACAGUCACAGUCGAAGAAUCGGAAGUCGAGCAGGUCGUGCCGGAAGCCAUUGAAGAACUUCCAGAGGAGGUUCGCGUUGUUGAAACCAUCUCCGAAGACGGCAAGCCUAAGAAGAAGAAGAUUCGCACCCGAGUCAUCAAGAAGGUCAAGGGUGAUAAACAGGAAGUAACCAAAAUCGAAACUGUCGAGGAGGAUGACAAAGCACCUGAAACAACAGUCACUGUCGAAGAAUCUGAAGUCGAUCAGGUCGUGCCGGAAGCCAUUGAAGAACUUCCAGAGGAGGUUCGCGUUGUUGAAACCAUCUCCGAAGACGGCAAACCUAAGAAGAAGAAGAUUCGCACCCGAGUCAUCAAGAAGGUCAAGGGUGAUAAACAGGAAGUAACCAAAAUCGAAACUGUCGAGGAGGAUGACAAAGCACCUGAGACAACGGUCACUGUCGAAGAAUCUGUAGUCGAGCAGGUUCCGCCGGAAGCCAUUGAAGAACUUCCAGAAGAGGUUCGCGUUGUUGAAACCAUCUCCGAAGACGGCAAGCCGAAAAAGAAGAAGAUUCGCACACGAGUCAUCAAGAAGGUCAAGGGUGAUAAACAGGAAGUCACCAAAAUCGAAACUGUCGAGGAGGAUGACAAAGCACCUGAGACAACGGUCACUGUCGAAGAAUCUGCAGUCGAGCAGGUCGCGCCGGAAGCCAUUGAAGAACUUCCAGAGGAGGUUCGCGUUGUUGAAACCAUCUCCGAAGAAGGCAAGCCUAAGAAGAAGAAGAUUCGCACCCGUGUCAUCAAGAAGGUCAAGGGUGAUAAGCAGGAAGUCACCAAAAUCGAAACUGUCGAGGAGGAUGACAAAGCACCUGAGACAACGGUCACUGUCGAAGAAUCUGAAGUCGAGCAGGUCGUGCAGGAAGCCAUUGAAGAACUUCCAGAGGAGGUUCGCGUUGUUGAAACCAUCUCCGAAGACGGCAAGCCUAAGAAGAAGAAGAUUCGCACCCGAGUCAUCAAGAAGGUCAAGGGUGAUAAGCAGGAAGUCACCAAAAUCGAAACUGUCGAGGAGGAUGACAAAGCACCUGAGACAACAGUCACAGUCGAAGAAUCGGAAGUCGAGCAGGUCGUGCCGGAAGCCAUUGAAGAACUUCCAGAGGAGGUUCGCGUUGUUGAAACCAUCUCCGAAGAAGGCAAGCCUAAGAAGAAGAAGAUUCGCACCCGUGUCAUCAAGAAGGUCAAGGGUGAUAAGCAGGAAGUCACCAAAAUCGAAACUGUCGAGGAGGAUGACAAAGCACCUGAGACAACGGUCACUGUCGAAGAAUCUGAAGUCGAGCAGGUCGUGCCGGAAGCCAUUGAAGAACUUCCAGAGGAGGUUCGCGUUGUUGAAACCAUCUCCGAAGAAGGCAAGCCUAAAAAGAAGAAGAUUCGCACCCGUGUCAUCAAGAAGGUCAAGGGUGAUAAGCAGGAAGUCACCAAAAUCGAAACUGUCGAGGAGGAUGACAGAGCACCUGAGACAACGGUCACUGUCGAAGAAUCUGAAGUCAAGCAGGUCGCGCCGGAAGCCAUUGAAGAACUUCCAGAGGAGAUUCGCGUUGUGGAAACAAUCUCCGAAGACGGCAAGCCUAAGAAGAAGAAGAUUCGCACCCGUGUCAUCAAGAAGGUCAAGGGUGAUAAACAAGAAGUCACCAAAAUCGAAACUGUCGAGGAGGACGACAAAGCUCCUGAGACAACAGUCACUGUCGAAGAAUCUGAAGUCGGUCAGGUCGUGCCGGAAGCCAUUGAAGAACUUCCAGAGGAGGUUCGCGUUGUUGAAACCAUCUCCGAAGACGGCAAGCCUAAGAAGAAGAAGAUUCGCACCCGUGUCAUCAAGAAGGUCAAGGGUGAUAAGCAGGAAGUCACCAAAAUCGAAACUGUCGAGGAGGAUGACAAAGCACCUGAGACAACGGUCACUGUCGAAGAAUCUGAAGUCGAGCAGGUCCUGCCGGAAGCCAUUGAAGAACUUCCAGAGGAGGUUCGCGUUGUUGAAACCAUCUCCGAAGAAGGCAAGCCUAAAAAGAAGAAGAUUCGCACCCGUGUCAUCAAGAAGGUCAAGGGUGAUAAGCAGGAAGUCACCAAAAUCGAAACUGUCGAGGAGGAUGACAAAGCUCCUGAGACAACAGUCACUGUCGAAGAAUCUGAAGUCGAGCAGGUCGCGCCGGAAGCCAUUGAAGAACUUCCAGAGGAGAUUCGCGUUGUGGAAACAAUCUCCGAAGACGGCAAGCCUAAGAAGAAAAAGAUUCGCACCCGUGUCAUCAAGAAGGUCAAGGGUGAUAAACAAGAAGUCACCAAAAUCGAAACUGUCGAGGAGGACAACAAAGCUCCUGAGACAACAGUCACUGUCGAAGAAUCUGAAGUCGAGCAGGUUGCGCCGGAAGCCAUUGAAGAACUUCCAGAAGAGGUUCGCGUUGUUGAAACCAUCUCCGAAGACGGCAAGCCGAAAAAGAAGAAGAUUCGCACACGAGUCAUCAAGAAGGUCAAGGGUGAUAAACAGGAAGUCACCAAAAUCGAAACUGUCGAGGAGGACGACAAAGCUCCUGAGACAACAGUCACUGUCGAAGAAUCUGUAGUCGAGCAGGUUGCGCCGGAAGCCAUUGAAGAACUUCCAGAAGAGGUUCGCGUUGUUGAAACCAUCUCCGAAGACGGCAAGCCGAAAAAGAAGAAGAUUCGCACACGAGUCAUCAAGAAGGUCAAGGGUGAUAAACAGGAAGUCACCAAAAUCGAAACUGUCGAGGAGGAUGACAAAGCACCUGAGACAACGGUCACUGUCGAAGAAUCUGAAGUCGAGCAGGUCGCGCCGGAAGCCAUUGAAGAACUUCCAGAGGAGGUUCGCGUUGUUGAAACCAUCUCCGAAGACGGCAAGCCGAAAAAGAAGAAGAUUCGCACCCGUGUCAUCAAGAAGGUCAAGGGUGACAAACAGGAAGUCACCAAAAUCGAAACUGUCGAGGAGGACGACAAAGCUCCUGAAACAACAGUCACUGUCGAAGAAUCUGUAGUCGAGCAGGUUGCGCCGGAAGCCAUUGAAGAACUUCCAGAAGAGGUUCGCGUUGUUGAAACCAUCUCCGAAGACGGCAAGCCGAAAAAGAAGAAGAUUCGCACCCGUGUCAUCAAGAAGGUCAAGGGUGAUAAACAGGAAGUCACCAAAAUCGAAACUGUCGAGGAGGACGACAAAGCUCCUGAGACAACAGUCACUGUCGAAGAAUCUGAAGUCGAGCAGGUCGCGCCGGAAGCCAUUGAAGAACUUCCAGAGGAGGUUCGCGUUGUUGAAACCAUCUCCGAAGACGGCAAGCCGAAAAAGAAGAAGAUUCGCACCCGUGUCAUCAAGAAGGUCAAGGGUGAUAAACAGGAAGUCACCAAAAUCGAAACUGUCGAGGAGGACGACAAAGCUCCUGAGACAACAGUCACUGUCGAAGAAUCUGAAGUCGAGCAGGGCGCGCCGGAAGCCAUUGAAGAACUUCCAGAGGAGGUUCGAGUUGUUGAAACCAUCUCCGAAGAAGGCAAGCCCAAGAAGAAGAAGAUUCGCACCCGUGUCAUCAAGAAGGUCAAGGGUGAUAAGCAGGAAGUCACCAAAAUCGAAACUGUCGAGGAGGACGACAAAGCUCCUGAGACAACAGUCACUGUCGAAGAAUCUGAAGUCGAUCAGGUCGUGCCGGAAGCCAUUGAAGAACUUCCAGAGGAGGUUCGCGUUGUUGAAACCAUCUCCGAAGACGGCAAACCUAAGAAGAAGAAGAUUCGCACCCGUGUCAUCAAGAAGGUCAAGGGUGAUAAGCAGGAAGUCACCAAAAUCGAAACUGUCGAGGAGGACGACAAAGCUCCUGAGACAACAGUCACUGUCGAAGAAUCUAAAGUCGAGCAGGUCGCGCCGGAAGCCAUUGAAGAACUUCCAGAGGAGGUUCGCGUUGUUGAAACCAUCUCCGAAGAAGGCAAGCCUAAGAAGAAGAAGAUUCGCACCCGAGUCAUCAAGAAGGUCAAGGGUGAUAAGCAGGAAGUCACCAAAAUCGAAACUGUCGAGGAGGAUGACAAAGCUCCUGAGACAACAGUCACUGUCGAAGAAUCGGAAGUCGAGCAGGUCGCGCCGGAAGCCAUUGAAGAACUUCCAGAGGAGGUUCGCGUUGUUGAAACCAUCUCCGAAGACGGCAAGCCUAAGAAGAAGAAGAUUCGCACCCGUGUCAUCAAAAAGGUCAAGGGUGAUAAGCAGGAAGUCACCAAAAUCGAAACUGUCGAGGAGGAUGACAAAGCACCUGAAACAACAGUCACAGUCAAAGAAUCUGAAGUCGAGCAGGUUGCGCCGGAAGCCAUUGAAGAACUUCCAGAGGAGGUUCGCGUUGUUGAAACCAUCUCUGAAGACGGCAAGCCUAAGAAGAAGAAGAUUCGUACCCGUGUCAUCAAGAAGGUCAAGGGUGAUAAGCAGGAAGUCACAAAAAUCGAAACUGUCGAGGAGGAUGACAAAGCUCCUAAGACAACAGUCACUGUCGAAGAAUCUGAAGUCGAUCAGGUCGCGCCGGAAGCCAUUGAAGAACUUCCAGAGGAGGUUCGCGUUGUUGAAACAAUCUCCGAAGACGGCAAGCCUAAGAAGAAGAAGAUUCGCACCCGUGUCAUCAAGAAGGUCAAGGGUGACAAACAGGAAGUCACCAAAAUCGAAACUGUCGAGGAGGAUGACAAAGCUCCUGAGACAACAGUCACUGUCGAAGAAUCUGAAGUCGAUCAGGUCAAGCCGGAAGCCAUUGAAGAACUUCCAGAGGAGGUUCGUGUUGUUGAAACCAUCUCCGAAGACGGCAAGCCAAAGAAGAAGAAGAUUCGCACCCGUGUCAUCAAGAAGGUCAAGGGUGACAAACAGGAAGUCACCAAAAUCGAAACUGUCGAGGAGGACGACAAAGCUCCUGAGACAACAGUCACUGUCGAAGAAUCGGAAGUCGAGCAGGUCGCGCCGGAAGCCAUUGAAGAACUUCCAGAGGAGGUUCGCGUUGUUGAAACCAUCUCCGAAGACGGCAAGCCUAAGAAGAAGAAGAUUCGUACCCGUGUCAUUAAAAAGGUCAAGGGUGAUAAACAGGAAGUCACCAAAAUCGAAACUGUCGAGGAGGAUGACAAAGCUCCUGAGACAACAGUCACUGUCGAAGAAUCUGAAGUCGAUCAGGUCGAGCCGGAAGCCAUUGAAGAACUUCCAGAGGAGGUUCGCGUUGUUGAAACCAUCUCUGAAGACGGCAAGCCUAAGAAGAAGAAGAUUCGCACCCGUGUCAUCAAGAAGGUCAAGGGUGACAAACAGGAAGUCACCAAAAUCGAAACUGUCGAGGAGGAUGACAAAGCUCCUGAGACAACAGUCACUGUCGAAGAAUCUGAAGUCGAUCAGCUCAAGCCGGAAGCCAUUGAAGAACUUCCAGAGGAGGUUCGUGUUGUUGAAACCAUCUCCGAAGACGGCAAGCCAAAGAAGAAGAAGAUUCGCACCCGUGUCAUCAAGAAGGUCAAGGGUGACAAACAGGAAGUCACCAAAAUCGAAACUGUCGAGGAGGACGACAAAGCUCCUGAGACAACAGUCACUGUCGAAGAAUCGGAAGUCGAGCAGGUCGCGCCGGAAGCCAUUGAAGAACUUCCAGAGGAGGUUCGCGUUGUUGAAACCAUCUCCGAAGACGGCAAGCCUAAGAAGAAGAAGAUUCGUACCCGUGUCAUUAAAAAGGUCAAGGGUGAUAAGCAGGAAGUCACCAAAAUCGAAACUGUCGAGGAGGAUGACAAAGCUCCUGAGACAACAGUCACUGUCGAAGAAUCUGAAGUCGAUCAGGUCGAGCCGGAAGCCAUUGAAGAACUUCCAGAGGAGGUUCGCGUUGUUGAAACCAUCUCCGAAGACGGCAAGCCUAAGAAGAAGAAGAUUCGCACCCGUGUCAUCAAGAAGGUCAAGGGUGACAAACAGGAAGUCACCAAAAUCGAAACUGUAGAGGAGGAUGACAAAGCUCCUGAGACAACAGUCACUGUCGAAGAAUCUGAAGUCGAUCAGGUCGAGCCGGAAGCCAUUGAAGAACUUCCAGAGGAGGUUCGUGUUUUUGAAACCAUCUCCGAAGACGGCAAGCCUAAGAAGAAGAAGAUUCGCACCCGUGUCAUCAAGAAGGUCAAGGGUGAUAAGCAGGAAGUCACCAAAAUCGAAACUGUCGAGGAGGACGACAAAGCUCCUGAAACAAAAGUCACAGUCGAAGAAUCUGAAGUCGAGCAGGUCGUGCCGGAAGCCAUUGAAGAACUUCCAGAGGAGGUUCGCGUUGUUGAAACCAUCUCCGAAGACGGCAAGCCGAAGAAGAAGAAGAUUCGCACCCGUGUCAUCAAGAAGGUCAAGGGUGACAAACAGGAAGUCACCAAAAUCGAAACUGUCGAGGAGGAUGACAAAGCUCCUGAGACAACAGUCACAGUCGAAGAAUCUGAAGUCGAGCAGGUCGCGCCGGAAGCCAUUGAAGAACUUCCAGAGGAGGUUCGCGUUGUUGAAACCAUCUCUGAAGACGGCAAGCCUAAGAAGAAGAAGAUUCGCACCCGUGUCAUCAAGAAGGUCAAGGGUGAUAAGCAGGAAGUCACCAAAAUCGAAACUGUCGAGGAGGAUGACAGAGCACCUGAAAUAACAGUCACAGUCGAAGAAUCUGAAGUCGAUCAGGUCGUGCCGGAAGCCAUUGAAGAACUUCCAGAGGAGGUUCGCGUUGUUAAAACCAUCUCCGAAGACGGCAAGCCGAAAAAGAAGAAGAUUCGCACCCGUGUCAUCAAGAAGGUCAAGGGUGACAAACAGGAAGUCACCAAAAUCGAAACUGUCGAGGAGGAUGACAAAGCUCCUGAGACAAUAGUCACAGUCGAAGAAUCGGAAGUCGAGCAGGUCGCGCCGGAAGCCAUUGAAGAACUUCCAGAGGAGGUUCGCGUUGUUGAAACCAUCUCUGAAGACGGCAAGCCUAAGAAGAAGAAGAUUCGUACCCGUGUCAUCAAGAAGGUCAAUGGUGACAAACAGGAAGUCACCAAAAUCGAAACUGUCGAGGAGGAUGACAAAGCUCCUGAGACAACAGUCACUGUCGAAGAAUCUGAAGACGAUCAGGUCGUGCCGGAAGCCAUUGAAGAACUUCCAGAGGAGGUUCGCGUUGUUGAAACCAUCUCUGAAGACGGCAAGCCUAAGAAGAAGAAGAUUCGUACCCGUGUCAUCAAGAAGGUCAAUGGUGACAAACAGGAAGUCACCAAAAUCGAAACUGUCGAGGAGGAUGACAAAGCUCCUGAGACAACAGUCACUGUCGAAGAAUCUGAAGACGAUCAGGUCGUGCCGGAAGCCAUUGAAGAACUUCCAGAGGAGGUUCGCGUUGUUGAAACCAUCUCUGAAGACGGCAAGCCUAAGAAGAAGAAGAUUCGUACCCGUGUCAUCAAGAAGGUCAAGGGUGACAAACAGGAAGUCACCAAAAUCGAAACUGUCGAGGAGGAUGACAAAGCUCCUGAGACAACAGUCACUGUCGAAGAAUCUGAAGUCGAGCAGGUUGCGCCGGAAGCCAUUGAAGAACUUCCAGAAGAGGUUCGCGUUGUUGAAACCAUCUCCGAAGACGGCAAGCCGAAAAAGAAGAAGAUUCGCACCCGUGUUAUCAAGAAGGUCAAGGGUGAUAAGCAGGAAGUCACCAAAAUCGAAACUGUCGAGGAGGAUGACAAAGCUCCUGAGACAACAGUCACUGUCGAAGAAUCUGAAGUCGAUCAGGUCGCGCCGGAAGCCAUUGAAGAACUUCCAGAGGAGGUUCGCGUUGUUGAAACCAUCUCUGAAGACGGCAAGCCGAAAAAGAAGAAGAUUCGCACCCGUGUCAUCAAGAAGGUCAAGGGUGACAAACAGGAAGUCACCAAAAUCGAAACUGUCGAGGAGGAUGACAAAGCUCCUGAGACAACAGUCACUGUCGAAGAAUCGGAAGUCGAGCAGGUCGCGCCGGAAGCCAUUGAAGAACUUCCAGAGGAGGUUCGCGUUGUUGAAACCAUCUCUGAAGACGGCAAACCGAAAAAGAAGAAGAUUCGCACCCGUGUCAUCAAGAAGGUCAAGGGUGACAAACAUGAAGUCACCAAAAUCGAAACUGUCGAGGAGGAUGACAAAGCUCCUGAGACAACAGUCACUGUCGAAGAAUCGGAAGUCGAGCAGGUCGCGCUGGAAGCCAUUGAAGAACUUCCAGAGGAGGUUCGCGUUGUUGAAACCAUCUCUGAAGACGGCAAGCCGAAAAAGAAGAAGAUUCGCACCCGUGUCAUCAAGAAGGUCAAGGGUGACAAACAGGAAGUCACCAAAAUCGAAACUGUCGAGGAGGAUGACAAAGCUCCUGAGACAACAGUCACUGUCGAAGAAUCGAAAGUCGAGCAGGUCGCGCCGGAAGCCAUUGAAGAACUUCCAGAGGAGGUUCGCGUUGUUGAAACCAUCUCCGAAGACGGCAAGCCUAAGAAGAAGAAGAUUCGCACCCGAGUCAUCAAGAAGGUCAAGGGUGAUAAGCAGGAAGUCACCAAAAUCGAAACUGUCGAGGAGGACGACAAAGCUCCUGAGACAACAGUCACUGUCGAAGAAUCGGAAGUCGAGCAGGUCGCGCCGGAAGCCAUUGAAGAACUUCCAGAAGAGGUUCGCGUUGUUGAAACCAUCUCCGAAGACGGCAAGCCGAAAAAGAAGAAGAUUCGCACACGAGUCAUCAAGAAGGUCAAGGGUGAUAAGCAGGAAGUCACCAAAAUCGAAACUGUCGAGGAGGAUGACAAAGUUCCUGAGACAACAGUCACAGUCGAAGAAUCGGAAGUCGAGCAGGUCGCGCCGGAAGCCAUUGAAGAACUUCCAGAGGAGGUUCGCGUUGUUGAAACCAUCUCCGAAGACGGCAAGCCGAAAAAGAAGAAGAUUCGCACCCGUGUCAUCAAGAAGGUCAAGGGUGAUAAGCAGGAAGUCACCAAAAUCGAAACAGUCGAGGAGGAUGACAAAGCUCCUGAGACAACAGUCACUGUCGAAGAAUCGGAAGUCGAGCAGGUCGCGCCGGAAGCCAUUGAAGAACUUCCAGAGGAGGUUCGCGUUGUUGAAACCAUCUCUGAAGACGGCAAGCCUAAGAAGAAGAAGAUUCGUACCCGUGUCAUCAAGAAGGUCAAGGGUGACAAACAGGAAGUCACCAAAAUCGAAACUGUCGAGGAGGAUGACAAAGCUCCUGAGACAACAGUCACUGUCGAAGAAUCUGAAGUCGAUCAGGUCGUGCCGGAAGCCAUUGAAGAACUUCCAGAGGAGGUUCGCGUUGUUGAAACCAUCUCCGAAGACGGCAAGCCGAAAAAGAAGAAGAUUCGCACCCGUGUCAUCAAGAAGGUCAAGGGUGAUAAGCAGGAAGUCACCAAAAUCGAAACUGUCGAGGAGGAUGACAAAGCACCUGAAAUAACAGUCACAGUCGAAGAAUCUGAAGUCGAGCAGGUCGUGCCGGAAGCCAUUGAAGAACUUCCAGAGGAGGUUCGCGUUGUUGAAACCAUCUCCGAAGACGGCAAGCCGAAAAAGAAGAAGAUUCGCACCCGUGUCAUCAAGAAGGUCAAGGGUGACAAACAGGAAGUCACCAAAAUCGAAACAGUCGAGGAGGAUGACAAAGCUCCUGAGACAACAGUCACUGUCGAAGAAUCUGAAGUCGAGCAGGUCGCGCCGGAAGCCAUUGAAGAACUUCCAGAGGAGGUUCGCGUUGUUGAAACCAUCUCCGAAGACGGCAAGCCAAAAAAGAAGAAGAUUCGCACCCGUGUCAUCAAGAAGGUCAAGGGUGAUAAGCAGGAAGUCACCAAAAUCGAAACUGUCGAGGAGGAUGACAAAGCUCCUGAGACAACAGUCACUGUCGAAGAAUCUGAAGUCGAUCAGGUCGUGCCGGAAGCCAUUGAAGAACUUCCAGAGGAGGUUCGCGUUGUUGAAACCAUCUCCGAAGACGGCAAGCCGAAAAAGAAGAAGAUUCGCACCCGUGUCAUCAAGAAGGUCAAGGGUGAUAAGCAGGAAGUCACCAAAAUCGAAACAGUCGAGGAGGAUGACAAAGCUCCUGAGACAACAGUCACUGUCGAAGAAUCUGAAGUCGAGCAGGUCGCGCCGGAAGCCAUUGAAGAACUUCCAGAAGAGGUUCGCGUUGUUGAAACCAUCUCCGAAGACGGCAAGCCGAAAAAGAAGAAGAUUCGCACACGAGUCAUCAAGAAGGUCAAGGGUGAUAAGCAGGAAGUCACCAAAAUCGAAACUGUCGAGGAGGAUGACAAAGUUCCUGAGACAACAGUCACAGUCGAAGAAUCGGAAGUCGAGCAGGUCGCGCCGGAAGCCAUUGAAGAACUUCCAGAGGAGGUUCGCGUUGUUGAAACCAUCUCCGAAGACGGCAAGCCGAAAAAGAAGAAGAUUCGCACCCGUGUCAUCAAGAAGGUCAAGGGUGACAAACAGGAAGUCACCAAAAUCGAAACAGUCGAGGAGGAUGACAAAGCUCCUGAGACAACAGUCACUGUCGAAGAAUCUGAAGUCGAGCAGGUCGCGCCGGAAGCCAUUGAAGAACUUCCAGAGGAGGUUCGCGUUGUUGAAACCAUCUCCGAAGACGGCAAGCCAAAAAAGAAGAAGAUUCGCACCCGUGUCAUCAAGAAGGUCAAGGGUGAUAAGCAGGAAGUCACCAAAAUCGAAACUGUCGAGGAGGAUGACAAAGCUCCUGAGACAACAGUCACUGUCGAAGAAUCUGAAGUCGAUCAGGUCGUGCCGGAAGCCAUUGAAGAACUUCCAGAGGAGGUUCGCGUUGUUGAAACCAUCUCCGAAGACGGCAAGCCGAAAAAGAAGAAGAUUCGCACCCGUGUCAUCAAGAAGGUCAAGGGUGAUAAGCAGGAAGUCACCAAAAUCGAAACAGUCGAGGAGGAUGACAAAGCUCCUGAGACAACAGUCACUGUCGAAGAAUCGGAAGUCGAGCAGGUCGCGCCGGAAGCCAUUGAAGAACUUCCAGAGGAGGUUCGCGUUGUUGAAACCAUCUCCGAAGACGGCAAGCCAAAAAAGAAGAAGAUUCGCACCCGUGUCAUCAAGAAGGUCAAGGGUGGUAAGCAGGAAGUCACCAAAAUCGAAACUGUCGAGGAGGAUGACAAAGCUCCUGAGACAACAGUCACAGUCGAAGAAACUGAAGUCGAUCAGGUCGUGCCGGAAGCCAUUGAAGAACUUCCAGAAGAGGUUCGCGUUGUUGAAACCAUCUCUGAAGACGGCAAGCUUAAGAAGAAGAAGAUUCGCACCCGUGUCAUCAAAAAGGUCAAGGGUAACAAACAGGAAGUCACCAAAAUCGAAACUGUCGAGGAGGAUGACCAAGCUCCUGAGACAACAGUCACUGUCGAAGAAUCUGAAGUCGAGCUGGUCGUGCCGGAAGCCAUUGAAGAACUUCCAGAAGAGGUUCGCGUUGUUGAAACCAUCUCCGAAGACGGCAAGCCGAAAAAGAAGAAGAUUCGCACCCGUGUCAUCAAGAAGGCCAAGGGUGAUAAGCAGGAAGUCACCAAAAUCGAAACUGUCGAGGAGGAUGACAAAGCACCUGAAAUAACAGUCACAGUCGAAGAAUCUGAAGUCGAGCAGGUCGUGCCGGAAGCCAUUGAAGAACUUCCAGAGGAGGUUCGCGUUGUUGAAACCAUCUCCGAAGACGGCAAGCCGAAAAAGAAGAAGAUUCGCACCCGUGUCAUCAAGAAGGUCAAGGGUGGUAAGCAGGAAGUCACCAAAAUCGAAACUGUCGAGGAGGAUGACAAAGCUCCUGAGACAACAGUCACAGUCGAAGAAACUGAAGUCGAUCAGGUCGUGCCGGAAGCCAUUGAAGAACUUCCAGAAGAGGUUCGCGUUGUUGAAACCAUCUCUGAAGACGGCAAGCUUAAGAAGAAGAAGAUUCGCACCCGUGUCAUCAAAAAGGUCAAGGGUGACAAACAGGAAGUCACCAAAAUCGAAACUGUCGAGGAGGAUGACCAAGCUCCUGAGACAACAGUCACUGUCGAAGAAUCUGAAGUCGAGCAGGUCGUGCCGGAAGCCAUUGAAGAACUUCCAGAAGAGGUUCGCGUUGUUGAAACCAUCUCCGAAGACGGCAAGCCGAAAAAGAAGAAGAUUCGCACCCGUGUCAUCAAGAAGGUCAAGGGUGACAAACAGGAAGUCACCAAAAUCGAAACUGUCGAGGAGGAUGACAAAGCUCCUGAGACAACAGUCACAGUCGAAGAAACUGAAGUCGAUCAGGUCGUGCCGGAAGCCAUUGAAGAACUUCCAGAAGAGGUUCGCGUUGUUGAAACCAUCUCCGAAGACGGCAAGCCGAAAAAGAAGAAGAUUCGUACCCGUGUCAUCAAGAAGGUCAAGGGUGACAAACAGGAAGUCACCAAAAUCGAAACUGUUGAGGAGGAUGACAAAGCUCCUGAGACAACAGUCACAGUCGAAGAAACUGAAGUCGAGCAGGUCGCGCCGGAAGCCAUUGAAGAACUUCCAGAGGAGGUUCGCGUUGUUGAAACCAUCUCCGAAGACGGCAAGCCUAAGAAGAAGAAGAUUCGUACCCGUGUCAUCAAGAAGGUCAAGGGUGACAAACAGGAAGUCACCAAAAUCGAAACUGUCGAGGAGGAUGACAAAGCUCCUGAGACAACAGUCACUGUCGAAGAAUCGGAAGUCGAGCAGGUCGCGCCGGAAGCCAUUGAAGAACUUCCAGAGGAGGUUCGCGUUGUUGAAACCAUCUCUGAAGACGGCAAGCCUAAGAAGAAGAAGAUUCGUACCCGUGUCAUCAAGAAGGUCAAGGGUGACAAACAGGAAGUCACCAAAAUCGAAACUGUUGAGGAGGAUGACAAAGCUCCUGAGACAACAGUCACAGUCGAAGAAACUGAAGUCGAGCAUGUCGUGCCGGAAGCCAUUAUUGAAAAAUCAGAUAAAGUCAAGCGUAAAAAAACAGUUGUAAAGAAGGAUUUGGAAGGAAUUGUUCAAGAAGACACUACACUUAAACACCUUGAAGCUAACGAGGACGAGGAGCCAAAAGACAAAUACAACAGAGAAUACACUAUUACUGAACCAGAAGAAGCCGGCGCGGACGCCGGACAAAUACUGGUUAAAGACAAAGUACCGAAACAAAAAAAGACACAACGAACUGCAAUUAAAAUUGACGAGACUGUUUUAGGCGAUCAAGUUAGUUCAGGGCAACCACACCACAGGUCCGAUAUUCCAAGAGAUAAGUCUAAGCGAUUCGAAUUUCAUGAAUUGAAGCCAGAAGAUAUCGAAGACAAGUCCAGUCCAACCGCCGAAAAACCAGUAAAGGCUCUUAAGAAAAAGCGUAAGCUCAAAGUUAAGACUGAACAGGAGGAAAAUAUCAUUGAUAUAGUAGAAGUCUCUCCUGAAGAUGCCGAUGAGCAAACCUUUGAGGUAACCGUCACCAGUUCUGAAAUUGUUCCAGAAGACAAUAAAGAACCAAAAAUAUUAAAGAAAAAGGUCAAACGAAUGUCCAAGAAGCAGCUAGAUGAUUUUAUUGCGGAAAUAAAGGAAGAACCAGAACAAAAGUUCUACGAGACUAGCAUGACCGAUUUCUACGAGGUCAAGUUAACUGAAUUACAGCCAGAACUUAAUUCUGAUGAGGAGGAAAAGGAUAUCAAGCCCAAAAAGCGCCGAAUUCGACAUGAAAAGGGAGGUGAGGUGGAAAUUUUGGAAAUUGUUGAAACUGUUCCCACAGCGGGAGAUCAGCCUUUGUACGAAAUAACUGUGACUUCUAGUGAAGCUCCAAAAGAAGAAGGUGCCACCACCCAGCGCAUCGAUAAGCCGAAGAAGAAAACCAAGAAGAUGACGAAGGACGAGCUCGACGCCUACAUACAGCAACUUAUAAAUGCUGAAAUUCCGGUAACAGAAUUGGAAAAAUAUGAGAAAAUCGAUGUUGACGGCAAACCAAAGAAACCAAAGAAGAAAAAGCCAAAAACCGAAGAAAAAAUCAUUGAAGAAGGCGAAACCCUCCAGGUUGGAGUCACAGAACAUGAGCCAAUUGAGAAACCGAAAGCUAAGAAGCCGAAGUCUAAGAAAAUUGUUCAGGAAGCCGAUAGUAUUGAAACCGAGAGUGUUCCACAAUUCGACGAGUUUACCAUUAAAAAGAUAGACUCUGAACGAAUUCCCGUCGAAGAGGAGGAAAAACCACGAAAAGAAUCUGUUCCGGCUUUGGAUGAAAUUAUUGCGGACUUAGGCGAAGCUUUGCCUAUAGUAGUGGUGGAGGAAGACAUUGAGACUGUUCCUUCAGUCAAAGAAACAGCUGAGACCAAGGUCAUCGAAAAAACUAAAAAACGCAAGGUUAAAACCAGAAAGGGUUCGAAACAGUACGAAAUCGAAAUAAUUGACACCGAAGCCACAGAAGAUAGCCCUGAAGAGGCAAAGGUUAUAGUUAUAAUGACCGAAAUAACAGAAGAUGCUACUGAUGGGCCUGCAUUGACUAAGCCGGACACACCGAAAAAAACGGUCCGGAAGAUUAAACGGGAUAAGCUCAAGGAGUAUAUUGUCAACGUUGUAGAGGAAGCUCCUCAAGAAGCCAUAGCCAAAAUAUCUGAAGAGCUGUUCCCGGUUCCCAACGAAGGGGGCACAUUGGAUGAGGACAUUCUUUCUUUCGUAACUACGGUUGUUGAAGAGGAAAAAGCGCACGAAACCUUGCCUGAGGAAGAACAUCCUGAGGAAGAGGUAAAAGAGACAAAACCCAAGAAGAAGAAAUCUGAAAAACAAAAGAAGGUUAAAAUAUUGGAGUCUGAAACUUCUCAACCACCUCAAGAUUCUGCAGAAUACGAGCUCGUUACUUCUGCUCCUGAGUCAGAGGAGACCCCACUCGCAGAUCAAUAUGCCGUAGAAGUAGAGGAUACUUUACCCAAGCCCAAAAAGAAGACGGUGAAGAAACCCAAAAAGGAUUCCUCGCCAGAACCCAUCUCGGAAUAUACGAUUCGCAUUGAGGAACUAGAGCCCGAAUCAACAACAGAAAAAAUAACUAAUGAGGAUGGAAAAGAAGUCGAACGUAUUACUUCGAAGCGCAAGAUAAAAAAGAAGGAAGGUCCAAGAGAAUACCUAAUUGAAGUAGUUGAAACAUAUGAAGAAAAUAAACCUGAAGCAGAUAUAGUAAUUCAGACUACCGAAAUAACUCCGACCGAAGACUCCGAGGUCCUAGACGAUCACAAAGUUAGGGUCGUAAAGAAGAAAAAACCAAAAGAGGAUAGCUUGGAUAAUUUUAUUUACGAACUGAUUGAACAAGAAAUUUCGGAACCCGAUUUCAAGGAACACGAACCCACAAUUUCGGAGUCUUUAUCAAAGACGGUAAAACCAAAGAAAGUAAAGAAACACCACAAAAAAAUCACCGAAAUCGUCGACGGCGUUCCCACUACUGUUCAUGAGGUAACUAUUAAAGAAUUCCAAAUAGAUCAAGAGGAUGUAGAACCUUUUGAAGCCGAAGUGGAGCAAUUCGAUAGUGAAGUCAUAGCGGAGAGUCCCGAAGACCAACCAGUAACAGUUGUGGAACUGAAACCUAAACCAAAGUCAAAGAAAUCUUUCAAAGCAAAGGUAGUCGAAGAAGAGCAGCCACAACCUAUUUUGGAGGACGUUGAAGAAUCGCUCGAAACAAUAACAGUGGUGGAAGAGGAUGGCGUACCGAAGCAAGUGGAAGUUAAGAAGAGAAGGGUUUCCAGAAAGCAGGGUCCUAAAGAACAGGUGUUCGAGAUUAUUGAAACUAAAUCAAGUGACGAGCCUUUGGCUGAGGUGACGAUUGUCGAGAUAACUGAGGAAAUUCCAAAGGAAGACGUUCCCAAGACCAAGCCAAAGAAACUAGUUAAGAAGCCCGUAUCACUCAGCCCUGAAGAAGUUGAUAGCUACGUAAUCAACGUUCUGGAGGAGUUCCGCAAGCCCGAAAGCUCGGACGAGGCUGAGCAACCAGUCAUUGAAGAUAUUGCAGAGACUGUUGAAACAGUUAAGGUUACUGACGAAGCGGGCACAACUAAAAAGGUUGAAGUUAAGAAGAAAAAGAUUGCCCGAAAACAAGGUCCCAUCGAACAGAUCUUUGAAAUCACUGAGACAAAGACUAACGACGAACCCUUGGCCGAAGUGACAAUUGUCGAGAUUGAAGACCAGCCUCAGGAAGAAAUUGUUCAACCCAAGGAAAAGAAACCGAUUAGAAAACCUAAGAAGCUGAAACCUGAAGAUGUGCAAGAGUAUAUAGUAAAUGUUCUCGACGAAUUUUCUGAGCCCCAACCGUUGUAUGCAGAGGAGGAGCCUACUCUUGCUGCUGCAGAGGAAACUCCAAUCAAAGAAAAGAUCUCCAAGCCUAAAAAGGCACCAAAGAAACCCUCUGAGGAGAAAAUUGUCAUUGAAGAGAUGGCCCCAGAAACUGUUAUCGAGAACAUUGUCGAUGAGCAAGGAGAGGAAGUCAAGCAAGUUAAAACAAUUAAGAAACUCAAGAAGAAGGAAGGACCCAAGGAGUACCUCAUUGAAAUUACGGAGACUUAUCAGGAAAACAAACCAGACGCUGUCAUUGAAUUAACCAAAACAGAAUUAGUAGAUGAAGUUAUGGGACAAUCAGAAAAAACGCAUGAUAAAUCGGAUAUAUUAAGGACCAAAAAAGUGGUUAAAAAGGUUAAGAAACGUGAGUUAGAAGACUUUGUGAAACAAUUAAUUGAAGAGGAAACGUUGCCCGAAUCAGCUCCACAAACGAAAGCUAAGGGUCUUAAGCCCAAAACAGUAGUGACAGACGAACAAGUACCUGACGAACCAACAGAAACACCAUCGCAAGUUGCACAACCCGAGACUACAGCACAAAUUACACCAAGCGCACAAGAUGAGACUAAAGAUACAAUUCAGAAAACAGUUAAACAUAAGAAAACAAAGCCAGAAACACAAACAACCGUUGAAAAAAGUGAGGACGAAAGUUUUGAGGUCGAGGAACUGCCAGAGGACGUUCGCGUUGUUGAAACCAUCACGGAAGACGGGACACCAAAGAAAAAGAAGAUUCGCACACGUGUCAUCAAGAAGGUUAAGGGCGAUAAGGAAGAAGUAACUAAAAUCGAAACUGUUGAGGAGGACGACAAAGAGCCGGAAACAACAGUAACGAUCGAAGAAUCGGAAAUUAAAGCUCCCAAUGCCGAGAAAGUCAAGCUCAAGAAAAGAGUUAUUGUGCAGAAACCCGAGGAUGAAGUAACUGUGGUGGAGUUGCCCGAGCGAAAGUCGGUUAUACUUUCUGAAAAAGAAGAUGGUACUCCCACUAAAACCGUAAUCAAAACUCGAAUUAUAAAAAAGAUAAAGGGCCAAGAUAUGGAAGUCACUAAAGUUCAGACAAUAGAAGAGUAUGAAAAAGAACCGCAGACUAAGGUAACUGUCGAGAACUUUAAGGUGCCAUUCCCAGACCUUCCAGAAGAGAAGGUUACCGAAGUAGUAGUUUUGCCAGAGGAAGUAGUCGAAACUGAAGUGGUUGACGAUGCUGGUAAGCCAAAGGUGGUUAAAACCAAAAAGCGUGUCAUUAAGAAGCCAAUCCUUGACAAUAACGAAGAAAUUACCGAAAUCGGAAUUAUUGAACAGCCCGAUUCUGAACCUAUUUACUCCGUAUCCAUUAAGGAACAGCCCGCCACUGAUUCAAAGAUAGAUGAAAGCAACUCAGUUGAGCUGCCUGAACAAGUGACGGAAUUCGAAAUUAUUUCUCCUGAUGGAACGAAAAAGAAGAAGACUGUUAGGUCCAGGGCCUUUAAAAAGAACCUAGACGACAAGCUAGACGAAGUAACCACAGUUCAAAUAAUUGAGGAGGACGACAAGGAACCCCUCACCACAGUGCAGGUGGAGGUUGUACCUGCAGACGAGAUCUCUAUAACGCCUAUUCCGAUUGACGAACUUCCCGAAGAAACUGUAUUCACAGAAGAGCUGGACCAGGACAAGAAGCCCAAGAAAAAGACAACUAAAACUAGAACCUUCAAAAAGCAAGGUCCCGAAGAUGAAGAAUACUUCCAAAUUCAGACCGUGGAGGAAGAAGGCAAAGAGCCCUACUCGUUGAUACGUGUAGUGAGCGACGAAAACAUUGCUGAUAUUAUCGAUAUUAGCAAACUAGAAGACGAAAAGGUUUCCAAACGCAAACAAAAGUCCCCGAAGCAGAAGGUGGAGAAACCUAAACACUCAGAGCCGGAACAUCAAACUUACAUCACAACAUUCAAGUCUGUACAAAACGAAGAUGGAGAAACCAUCAUACAAACCGAAAACAAGCGAGUUUCUCAGGAAGAAGGCGUCAUUGUUGAGGAAGUACUCAGUGAUACUGAACCCAUUCCAGAAGACACUACACAAGCACACCUUGAGAUAACCGAAGUCAGCGAGCCAACAGACCAAUACAGCAAAGAGUACACUAUAACUGAACCAGAAGAGGCCAGUGCAGACGCCACAGAAACACAGGUUAAACCCACAGAACCCAACCAGAAACCGACACUAGAAACUGCCAUAGAGGAGGUUGACGAGACUCUUUUGGACGAUCAGGGCAGUACAGGGCAACCGACGGACAAGACUGUUAAGAAAAAGCUAAAGCCAAAGAAAAUCGAGGGUAAGGCCGAGGAGGCUUCAGUUGAAAAGAAAGAAAAACCGAAACCUAAAAAGAAACCAGUUAAGUCGAAACGAGACGAAAUGGACGACUAUAUCCAGUUCCUCAUACACCAGGAAAUUCCGAAAACUGUUCUCCAAGAGUACAAACGAACGGAUAUGGAGCAUCCUCAAAGGGCCCGUCGGGAUUCCUCUUUCAAAGUACCGGCUCCCGUGAAACUAACUCCUAUGAAAAUCGAAAAGGUUGAAUUUAGAAAACCCAAAAUGGUUGAAAUCAGUUCGGUGGCCGAAUUCCCACAAAUGCUCAAGCUAAAGGCUCCCAAACAGCGACCGGCAGAGGAGAAAAAGAAGAAGAAUGAAGCUUCGUUCAAAAAUAAAAAACUGAAAAGUUGGAUUAGGUUCAUACCCUAUGCUCCAUACUGUUUCCCGUACGUCGUAACCGAUUUGGAAACAGUUCAGGAUAAUGGAGAACUAUCGCGCAAUAUUGAAGAAGCUGAUAAGGUUUUGAAAUUCCGUCCCAAGAAGUUUAAACAUACCAAACCCGAAAAGGCAGAGUUAGAAGAAGUCGACCUCGAGAUAUUGGACUCUGAGAAAUCGCAACCUUCUGAUGAGGAGCAACCAAAACCAAAGUAUAAACGCGGCAAGAAAAACAAAGAAGAGAUCACCGAAGAAACUAAAAAACUUAAGUUGGGCAAGGGAAAGAUUCCACAGAACGUGGAAACCAUUGAAGAAGUCCACUUAAAGCCAGUCAAGCUAGAUGCCACUGAGGAGGAUGUGACGGAAGCUCCGGCUAAGAUCAAGGAGGAGGAAACACCUAAGAAAAAGAAACCUAAAAAGUCCGAAAAGUCGGACAGUUCUAUUAGCUUCGAACCCACUGAACUAAAGGACAUGGAAGAACCUGCGUCAGAUGUUCAAGAAGAGUCAAACAUAUCAUCGGGCGAAGAAACUACCGUUCAAGGAAAGACAAAACUCAAGAAAAAGAAGAAACCUACUCCGACGCCAGAGAAAAAUCUGUACAAUAUAACUCCCGGAAAGCCCAAGGAAUUGCAGGAAACCCCCGACGAUAACCUAAAACUACACAAGCGCCAAGGGAAGAAACCUGAAGAUGAAAAAGAACAGGUUAACCUUAAACCAUAUUACAAGUGCGAAGUGGUUGAAUUGGAGCCAGAAGAUAUCGAAGACAAGUCCAGUCCAACCGCCGAAAAACCAGUAAAGGCUCUUAAGAAAAAACGUAAGCUCAAAGUUAAGACUGAACAGGAGGAAAAUAUCAUUGAAAUAGUAGAAGUCUCUCCUGAAGAUGCCGAUGAGCAAACCUUCGAGGUAACCGUCACCAGUUCGGAAAUUGUUCCAGAAGACAAUAAAGAACCAAAAAUAUUAAAGAAAAAGGUCAAACGAAUGUCCAAGAAGCAGCUAGAUGAUUUUAUUGCGGAAAUAAAGGAAGAACCAGAACAAAAGUUCUACGAGACUAGCAUGACCGAUUUCUACGAGGUCAAGUUAACUGAAUUACAGCCAGAACUUAAUUCUGAUGAGGAGGAAAAGGAUAUCAAGCCCAAAAAGCGCCGAAUUCGACAUGAAAAGGGAGGUGAGGUGGAAAUUUUGGAAAUUGUUGAAACUGUUCCCACAGCGGGAGAUCAGCCUUUGUACGAAAUAACUGUGACUUCUAGUGAAGCUCCAAAAGAAGAAGGUGCCACCACCCAGCGCAUCGAUAAGCCGAAGAAGAAAACCAAGAAGAUGACGAAGGACGAGCUCGACGCCUACAUACAGCAACUUAUAAAUGCUGAAAUUCCGGUAACAGAAUUGGAAAAAUAUGAGAAAAUCGAUGUUGACGGCAAACCAAAGAAACCAAAGAAGAAAAAGCCAAAAACCGAAGAAAAAAUCAUUGAAGAAGGCGAAACCCUCCAGGUUGGAGUCACAGAACAUGAGCCAAUUGAGAAACCGAAAGCUAAGAAGCCGAAGUCUAAGAAAAUUGUUCAGGAAGCCGAUAGUAUUGAAACCGAGAGUGUUCCACAAUUCGACGAGUUUACCAUUAAAAAGAUAGACUCUGAACGAAUUCCCGUCGAAGAGGAGGAAAAACCACGAAAAGAAUCUGUUCCGGCUUUGGAUGAAAUUAUUGCGGACUUAGGCGAAGCUUUGCCUAUAGUAGUGGUGGAGGAAGACAUUGAGACUGUUCCUUCAGUCAAAGAAACAGCUGAGACCAAGGUCAUCGAAAAAACUAAAAAACGCAAGGUUAAAACCAGAAAGGGUUCGAAACAGUACGAAAUCGAAAUAAUUGACACCGAAGCCACAGAAGAUAGCCCUGAAGAGGCAAAGGUUAUAGUUAUAAUGACCGAAAUAACAGAAGAUGCUACUGAUGGGCCUGCAUUGACUAAGCCGGACACACCGAAAAAAACGGUCCGGAAGAUUAAACGGGAUAAGCUCAAGGAGUAUAUUGUCAACGUUGUAGAGGAAGCUUCUCAAGAAGCCAUAGCCAAAAUAUCUGAAGAGCUGUUCCCGGUUCCCAACGAAGGGGGCACAUUGGAUGAGGACAUUCUUUCUUUCGUAACUACGGUUGUUGAAGAGGAAAAAGCGCACGAAACCUUGCCUGAGGAAGAACAUCCUGAGGAAGAGGUAAAAGAGACAAAACCCAAGAAGAAGAAAUCUGAAAAACAAAAGAAGGUUAAAAUAUUGGAGUCUGAAACUUCUCAACCACCUCAAGAUUCUGCAGAAUACGAGCUCGUUACUUCUGCUCCUGAGUCAGAGGAGACCCCACUCGCAGAUCAAUAUGCCGUAGAAGUAGAGGAUACUUUACCCAAGCCCAAAAAGAAGACGGUGAAGAAACCCAAAAAGGAUUCCUCGCCAGAACCCAUCUCGGAAUAUACGAUUCGCAUUGAGGAACUAGAGCCCGAAUCAACAACAGAAAAAAUAACUAAUGAGGAUGGAAAAGAAGUCGAACGUAUUACUUCGAAGCGCAAGAUAAAAAAGAAGGAAGGUCCAAGAGAAUACCUAAUUGAAGUAGUUGAAACAUAUGAAGAAAAUAAACCUGAAGCAGAUAUAGUAAUUCAGACUACCGAAAUAACUCCGACCGAAGACUCCGAGGUCCUAGACGAUCACAAAGUUAGGGUCGUAAAGAAGAAAAAACCAAAAGAGGAUAGCUUGGAUAAUUUUAUUUACGAACUGAUUGAACAAGAAAUUUCGGAACCCGAUUUCAAGGAACACGAACCCACAAUUUCGGAGUCUUUAUCAAAGACGGUAAAACCAAAGAAAGUAAAGAAACACCACAAAAAAAUCACCGAAAUCGUCGACGGCGUUCCCACUACUGUUCAUGAGGUAACUAUUAAAGAAUUCCAAAUAGAUCAAGAGGAUGUAGAGCCUUUUGAAGCCGAAGUGGAGCAAUUCGAUAGUGAAGUCAUAGCGGAGAGUCCCGAAGACCAACCAGUAACAGUUGUGGAACUGAAACCUAAACCAAAGUCAAAGAAAUCUUUCAAAGCAAAGGUAGUCGAAGAAGAGCAGCCACAACCUAUUUUGGAGGACGUUGAAGAAUCGCUCGAAACAAUAACAGUGGUGGAAGAGGAUGGCGUACCGAAGCAAGUGGAAGUUAAGAAGAGAAGGGUUUCCAGAAAGCAGGGUCCUAAAGAACAGGUGUUCGAGAUUACUGAAACUAAAUCAAGUGACGAGCCUUUGGCUGAGGUGACGAUUGUCGAGAUAACUGAGGAAAUUCCAAAGGAAGACGUUCCCAAGACCAAGCCAAAGAAACUAGUUAAGAAGCCCGUAUCACUCAGCCCUGAAGAAGUUGAUAGCUACGUAAUCAACGUUCUGGAGGAGUUCCGCAAGCCCGAAAGCUCGGACGAGGCUGAGCAACCAGUCAUUGAAGAUAUUGCAGAGACUGUUGAAACAGUUAAGGUUACUGACGAAGCGGGCACAACUAAAAAGGUUGAAGUUAAGAAGAAAAAGAUUGCCCGAAAACAAGGUCCCAUCGAACAGAUCUUUGAAAUCACUGAGACAAAGACUAACGACGAACCCUUGGCCGAAGUGACAAUUGUCGAGAUUGAAGACCAGCCUCAGGAAGAAAUUGUUCAACCCAAGGAAAAGAAACCGAUUAGAAAACCUAAGAAGCUGAAACCUGAAGAUGUGCAAGAGUAUAUAGUAAAUGUUCUCGACGAAUUUUCUGAGCCCCAACCGUUGUAUGCAGAGGAGGAGCCUACUCUUGCUGCUGCAGAGGAAACUCCAAUCAAAGAAAAGAUCUCCAAGCCUAAAAAGGCACCAAUGAAACCCUCUGAGGAGAAAAUUGUCAUUGAAGAGAUGGCCCCAGAAACUGUUAUCGAGAACAUUGUCGAUGAGCAAGGAGAGGAAGUCAAGCAAGUUAAAACAAUUAAGAAACUCAAGAAGAAGGAAGGACCCAAGGAGUACCUCAUUGAAAUUACGGAGACUUAUCAGGAAAACAAACCAGACGCUGUCAUUGAAGUCACUAAGACUGAAUUACCAUCUGACGGUUCUCCCCAAGUUUCAGAGGAGCAGCCAGUUAAGGUUAUUCAGAAGGUGAAGAAGAAGAAACCGGUUAAGGACGAUUUGGACAAAUAUAUACAAGAACUUAUCGAACAGGAAAUUACAAAAACUCCGCUUGAACAAUAUGAGCCAACUGAAUUGGAUGCUAAACCCAAGAAGCCCAAACUAAAGGUUAAAACUCACAAGAAAAUGGAAACCCAAGAUGUCGACGGACUACCAGUCACCGUUCAUGAAUUUAAUGUUGAAGAUGACGAAGAAAUACCAGAGGAAGUCCAAUCGCCAGAAGUGUUACCUGAUGAGAAGCUAGAGAUUCCGGAGAAGCCAGAAGACUCCUCAAAAUACUUGGUAAACGUCUCUGAUGAAUUCAUCGAAGCUCCACAGCGUAUUGAUGACACUCCAGAAGAGGAAAAGAAGCCCAUCAAAAAGGAAAAGCCAGCCAAAAAGAAAAAAGUAACCGAGGUGCCAGCUCCACUGGAAGAAAUUGAACAAACGGUUGAAGUGGUUCAGCAACCCACGGAAGAAGGAACUACAAAGGACGUUACUAUUAAGAAACGAAAGGUCUCUCGUAGAAAGGGUUCCAAGGAAUAUGUCUUUGAAAUCACGGAAACUACUACUGCAGACCAGCCAACUGCCGAAGUUAAUGUUGUAGAGUUGACCAGCGAUGAUGUGGAAGUCGUUGAGGAAAAACCCAAGCCCAAAAAGCAGGUCAUUAAGGAACCAAAGCUCCUAACGAAGGAGGAUGUUGAGGAGUACGUCAUUAACGUUAUUGAGGAGUUUGUACAGCCACUUCCCUUCGAAACAGUUGAAAGUGAAGUUGAAGAAGUUAAGGAAGAUACCAAAAAGAAAUCUCAGAAAUCUCCAAAGAAAUACAAAAUUACUGAAAAAGAGGAAUCUGAUGCCAAGUCUCCCGAAACCGAAAAGGAACUUGAAGAAAAGCCUGUGGAAACUGUGCCAGAGAAUCAAGAAGAAAUCGCAGACUACACAAUAGGAGUUCACGAGGAAACAGUUACUGAAGAGAAGCAACGGCCAAAGACUAAAAAGACCACCAAGCCGAAGCCUGAAAAGCAACCUAUCGAUGAAGAAGUCCAGGAGUAUCUUGUGAAGGCAGUGUCUGAAGAGAAUUUGGAGAAAGAUUUAGAGACAGAAUUCAAGACAAUCGUGACCGAAUCUGAAGACGACCAGCAACCACAAGAGCCUAUUUUCGAAGUUCAAGAACUUGAAACCGAGGCCAAGGAGGAUGAAGUUAUUGAUGAUAAGGGAGAAGUUAUAAAGCAAACUGUAACAAAACGUAAAAUCAAGAAGCAGUUUGGCCCUAAAGAGCAAAUCAUCGAAAUUGUGGAAACCAAUACUGGAGAUAGCCCUCAGUAUGAAGUCAUUAUAACCACUGAAGAGCCCGAUACUGUUGACGCAGAAGUUCCAGUGGAAGACAAACCAAAGAAGGUGCGAAAAUCUAAAAAGGUAGCAAAGGACGAUCUCCACGACUACAUUCAGAAGCUGAUUGAACAGGAUAUACCAAAGACAGAACUAGAAAAGUAUGAAAAGAUCGACUUAGAUGAGCCAGUUAAAAUUAAAAAGAAGCCCGUUAAGAAGGUUAAGGUUUCCGAAGAAAAACCAAAAGAACCGACUGACGAAACCACGGAAGAAAAGGUCGUUCAGGAGAUUACCCAACCCUCUCCAGUGGAGACAGAUGAGCCAACUCUAAAGUUCACCGUAAAGGAAUUUAUUCCUAAAUCUCCCGAAGAGAAGCCAUUCGAAAUAGUUGUUCUCGAGGAAUUCGUUGAAACUAAACAGGUUCCAGACGAAGAUGGCAAGGUUAAAGAGAAGGUUAUAAAGACUAAAAAGAUAAAGCAAAAAAUUGGUCCUGAAGAAGUAGUUCACGACAUUGUCGAGAUAACUGAUAAGGAUACAAACGAAUCUGAAGUCACAGUUAUAACCACAGUCCCGACGGUACCCGCCGACGGUCAGGAAACUCCCGUACCGAAGCAAAAACGCACCAAAAAGGUCAAGAAGGACGACGUUGAGGAGUUUAUCAAGGCCGUUAUUGAUGAGGAGGCGCCCAAACCAACCGAAACUGAGGACUUAGUGGAUGUUACCGAGGAAUCGCCCAGCAAACCGAAACCGAAGACCCCGAAGAAGAAACCCAUAGCCGAGAAACAACCAUCUCUGGAAGCAGAAAAACCAAUUGAUGAUGAAGUUUCUAUGGUUGAAAGUAUUCCAGAAAACAACGCAACUAUUGACGAUGUUAUAGGCGUGGUGGAAUCCACUCCAAGUUUAGAUGAACCUGAACAUGAAGUUGCCCAGGUUGAGGAGGUAAAGAAACCGGAAAAGAAGAAAAAACCCAAGACUAAAGUUUCAGUUUCCGAGGAUCAACCAGCAGAAGAAACUGCUGAAGAGCCACUCCGGGUUGAUGUUAAAGAAUCUGAUGUUCAAGAGCAAGAAGUCCCAGAAUUCACUGUUUCUGUCCAAGAGGAAGAAGGAUCAACCAUCGAGCCUCUGAGUAAGACGUCUCCGAGGAAAGUUAAGCAAAAUAAGGAAGAACCAACCGAAGACCAAUAUGAAAUUUCCGUUAAGGAGAGUGUUUGGCAACCAGAAGAAGACAAGCCUUUCACGGUUGAGAUUAUUGAAACCACAACUGAUGUCCAGGAAGCCACUGACGAAGCUGGUAAAACUCACAAGCAGAUUACCACCAAGCGAAAGCUAAAGCGCCCCGAGGGAGAGGGUGAAAUAGAAAUAAUUGAAGUCGUUAGGGACGACCAGCCUGAAGCAGAAAUUACCAUUGUGGAAUACGAGCCGACACCCGUCGAAGAAGAGGACAAGCCCAAGGAGCCGAAGAAGAAAACGAAGAAGGUUAAGAAGGACGAUAUCCACGAUUAUAUCCAGAAACUCAUUGAUAUGGAGACUCCCAAGACCGAGCUUGAAAAGUACGAGAAAAUAGAGUUCGAGGCGUCGGUUAAAGACAAAACAUCGGAAAAACCGAUAUCAGUGAAGGAAGACGCUCCUUCCGAAAAGCCAAGGAAGGACAAGAAGACCAGGCCCAAGGAAGUGUCGAAGGAAGAGUCUCCUGUUCCAGAGCAAUUGGCGGAGAUUAAGGUAGUCGAGCAAGAAGCUCCGGUUCCUCCCGUAGUUCCAGUUGAGGUGACUGAAGUGCAGCCAGCAGAAGUUACAGUCCAAGAAGUUAUAACGGAUGAAGGCAAGCCAGUUCUGGAGAAGACUACCAAACGGGUGGUGAAGAAAAAGAGCCCUAAGGAGGAAACUACCUUCAAUAUCACAACCAUUGAAGACGAGGACAAUGAUUCAGUCGUGGUCAUAGUUGAUGAGGCACCGGAAGCUGCUCCCUUGCAGCCGACCGACGAAGCAGAGCAAACCGAAGAGAAACCUUCUAAGCCGAAGCCAAAGAAAACAGUAAAGAAGGUUAAAAAGGACGAGUUGGACGAUUAUGUAAAACGGCUGAUCGAAGAAGAAAUUCCUAAGGUGGAGCUCGAAAAGUAUGAGAAGGUUGACAUGCCAGAGAAAACUGAAUUAGUUACUCCAGAGGAAACGCUUCCGGUUGACAUUCAACCGGAAGAAUCUGACCAAACACCAACUGAAACCAAAUCAGCAAAGCCCAAAAAAGAAAAGGCACCAAAACGCAAGACCGUAGUGACAGACGAACCAGUACCGGACGUAGAAACUGAAACCCCUGUAGAUACCACUGACACAACAGAAAUCACACCACAAGUUGCACAGCCCGAGGACACAGCCACUGCACAAAUUACACCAAGCGCACAAGAUGAGAAACCUACUCAAGAUGACACUAAAGAUACAAUUCAGAAAACAGUUAAACAUAAGAAAACAAAGCCAGACACACAAAAAAGCGUUGAAACAAGUGAAGUUCCAGAGGUACACAAAGACUAUCAAAUAAAUAUCAUACACGAGGAGCCAGUAGAGGAGGAGCAACCCGAGAAGGUUUUGGAAGUUCGAGUUAUCGAUGAAGAAGCCGAGGUCGAGGAGUCCCAGCCGAUUGUGGAGGAAGUUGAGGAGGAAGAAGAGCAGCCCAUCGCAGUGGAAACCACUGAGGAAACAACCAAGCCAAAAUCCAAAAAGAAGAAGGUGGUCAAGAAAAAGACCGAUGAUCAUGAUGAAAUUAUCAAAAAGCUUUUGGAACAGGAAAUAGAGAAGACUGAAUUGGAGAAAUACGAGAAACUUGAUUUCGAUCUUCCCAAAAAAUUGAAACCCGAGUUCGCCAGCCUCGAGCCACAGAAAAUAGAACGCAAGGAACAAAAGCCGACAAAGGUUAAAAUUGUGGAAGCCGCGGAGGUUCCCAAAUCAGUCAAACUUAAGCCCGGAAAACGAAAGGAGAAGCCUGCAGAAGAACAGUCUGUUCAAUUACCUAAGUUUAGACUCAAGACGCGAAUGGUCAUAGUUGAAUAUCCCCCAGCUCCGCUCAUUCCAAUACUUAGCAACAUUGGUGCCGUUAAAGAUAAUGGCGAACUAUCCCGUAAUAUCGAGGAGGCGGAGGAGGCUCUUAAAUUCAAGCCUCACAAGUCCAAGAAAAUUAAGAAGAUCAAGGACGACCGCGAAAAGGUGGAGCUAGAAAAAUACGAGAAAUAUGUUAGUAGCGAAGAGGAACCGGAGGAAAAGGCGCCCUAUAAGAAGCCAGAGAAGGCUCCCAAGCCCGAGGAGAAGCAGGAGGAGGUGAAGCUGAAGCUGGGCAAGGGUAAGAAAAAGCCACUGGAGGAGGAGGCGCCCGAGAACGUCACUCUCAAAAAGAUUCCUCAAAAGCCCCAGGAAGUUGAGGAAGAGGUGGAGGUCAAGGCCAAGCCGAAGGAGGUAGUGGUUGUCGAAGAACAACCAAAGCAGCCUAAAGAGGGAGAAUUCAAAGUCGAGCCAUUCGAACCUACUGAGUUUGAACGACCCGAAUACGAGCCUGAGGAAUUGGAGCCCAUUGACCGUCCCGAGAAGCCAGAAAAGCCAAAGAAACCUUCCAAAACAAAAUACAAGCCCAAAGACAAAUCCCAACCCGAGCCCGAAACUAUAAUUUCGGAGAUCGUUCCUGGAGUUCCAAAGCCUGAAGAAGAAGUGCCCGAACAGGAAAUAAAGUUCCGUAAGCCAGAAACAAAGGCUCCAGAAGAGACUGACUCCGAAAUUAAAUUAAAACCAGUCCCGAAAACAAGUCAGCCUGAAUUGCCAACCGAGGAGGCUAUUGUAAAGCCCAAGGAAGAGGAACCCCAACCUAAAACAGCUGAAGUUAAGUCUGACGACGAGGGCAAGAAGCCAAAGAAGCCUAAGGCAAAAAAGGUGUUGCAGCCAGAGGAUGAUGUUCCGGAGCAGAAGCCAGAAGGAUUCGAGGUAACAGUAAAGGAAGAGGAAGCUCCAAUUGAGCAGCUUGUCGAAGAUGAGCAACCAAAGGAAGUAAAGAUAAAGCAGAAAAAGCCCAAAGAGAUCCCUGUAUCUGAAGUAACAGUUACCGAAGAAAUUCCUCAGCCUGAGGAAGUGCCCGAAGAGGUUCCUGUGGAGUAUAAGAUUACAACUACCGUACUGGAGCCUGAGGAGGCACCAAAGGAGCAUCAAGUCAGAGUCAUUGAUUUCGACGCGAGAGAAGAAACUACCGAAGAAGUUAUAGAAGAAAGGGUGGUGACUCGCAAGAAGAAGCCCAAGCCCCAGCAGCCAGAAGAAUACGAGGUUACCCUUCAGGAGCCUAAGGAAGAACAGCCGCAGCCGGAGGAGGUUACGGCUGAGAUAACCGUACCGGAGCCGAAGCCUGAGGAGAAGCCAGAAGAAUACGCUGUAGAGCUUAAGAUUUCUAAGCCUACUCCCGAAGAGCCAGUAGAACAGGAAAUCACAGUAAAAGAAAAAUCUAAAAAGAAGCCACAUAAGGAGGUCAAGGAGGAUAAGAUUGUUGUAGUCGAUGAAGAAGAAAAGGCACAACCCGUCCAGGAAGAAGUGCAAGUGGUUGAAAAGCCUCAAGAAAAGGAAAAGCCAACGCCACCGAAAUCAUAUGAGUUUAGCGUAACCGAAACUGAGGCAGUCGAGGAGAAACCAACUCCAAUAGUUGAGGAAAUUCCCGAAGAAAAGGCUCCAGAGGCUCCCCAAGAAGAGGUUGUCCAACCAUUGGAUGCAUACGAAAUCACGCUUAAAGAAUUUGAAGCUGAGAAAGUGACUGCCGUAGAAGAACAGCCUGAAGAGGAAUCUCCGCAGGAGGUGGUAUUCAAACGCAAACCAAAAGUAAAGGAAGAGCCUGUUGAAGCUGAGUUUGUGUUAACAGAGCCUACUAUUGCGGAAGACAUCACAGUCGAAACUGAAAUCAAACAGAAGAAAACAAAGAAACCAAAGAAGACUGAAGAUGAAGCUCAACUCGAAAUCAAGAUUGUAGAGAGCGAAGCACCCGAAGUUCCGGAGGAAGUUGUAGCGGAAGUUCCCGAGGUCAAGCUGGCUGAGAAACCGGAAGAAGUUCUGGAAGAGAAGCCACAAGAGUUUACAAUUAAGGUAUCGGAAACUGAGCCUAAGCCAGAAGAGCCAAGUGAAGCCCAGUUUACGGUUAAGAAACGCAAGCCAUCAGUGACUUUUGCGGACGAGCCAGCCACCGAAAUCAUCCUCAAGGAGAAGAAACCUGUAGAAGAAGUUACCGAAGAAGCUCAAAUCAAGACCAAAAAGCCUAAAAAGAAGGUGAAAGAUGUGGAAGCGGACGAGCUAAAAAUACAAAUAACUGAGGAGAUUCCACAGGAGGUGCCGGUCAUUGAAGAGGUCGAGCUCGAAGAGGAAAUCGUAGAGGAGGUGAAGCAAGAGGUUCCAGUGGCAGAAGAAAAAACGUACCUAAUCGGAAUUAAGGAGACGCAGGUUGAGAAACCCGCUGAAGUUAUUGCCCAAGAAGAGCCGGUGGUAUCUGAGCCAAUAGUAGAAGAACCACAACCUGUAGUCUACGACGAACACAAAGUCAAGGUGAUUGAGGAAACACCACGCGAGGUGGUUGAGGAGGUCAUUGAAGAAGAGGUUAAGGUUAUCCGCAAAAAGAAGCCAAAACCAGAGGUUACGGAAGAACCCGAGGCACAAGUAACUGUCACUACUCCAAAGCCGGUCGAUGAAGUAGAAGCUGUUUCCAGCAUCACUAUUGUCCCAGAAGUGCCGACGGAGGAGGAAGCUGCAGAUCUCAAGAUAACUAUUAUAGAAGAACAGGCACCAGCUCAAGAACUAGUUCAAGAGAUUGAGGAAAUCGAAGUUAUUGAAGAAGCCCCUGAAACGCAACCAACAGUCGAAGAGUUGCCAGAAGAACAGGUGACUAUUCAAAAGAAGAAAAAGAAGGCUGCAGUGCCAGAGGUUGUGGAAGAACCAGAAGCCGAGUUCGUGGUUAAGCCAAAGCAGCCAGUAGAAGAAGUGUCUGAAGGGGCGAAAAUCACAAAGAAACCGAAGAAGCCUGUAAAAGAAGAGGAAGCAGCAGCCGAGCUCAAAGUAACGAUAACAGAGGAAGUUCCUGUGGAAGUAGAGGUACAGGAAAUCGUAGAGGAAAUCGAAGAAGUGCCAGAAGAGGAGCAGGUGAGCUUGCCGAAAAAGAAGCCUCAAGAAAAACCAGUGGUGGUUGAAGAACCGGAAGUUGAAGUAACUUUGAAGCCGAAGCCAAAGCCUACAGAAGACGAGGUGGUAGCUGAAGUUACAUUGAAGCCCAAAACACCAAAGGAAGUCCACGAAGAAGAGUUCUCGGUAGAUGUGUCCUUGCCAAAGGAAAAGAAGGUAACAGAAGAAACUUCCGACCAAACGGUGCAGCUAAAGAAAAAGAAAAAGCCGCAAAAGCCCGUCGAAGAGGCUGCCGAUGAGUUGCAACUGAAACAAACUAUUGUGGAGGAAGUACCAGUUGAAAUUGAGGAGGAAGAAAUUGUGGAGGAAGCUGUGAUUGUUCGCAAGAAACCUAAGAAGCCUUUCGAGCCAUCUGUGGAGGAUCUUGAGGAAACUGAAUUCAGUGUCUCCUUCAAGAAGCCCCACGUCAUAAACGAGGGUGUCGAUGAGGCCGCCACAGUGCUAAAGAAACGACCAGUUAAGCCCACUACCCUCGACGAAGCUGCAGCAGAGCUUUCCAUCAAACGCCUGGAGGAAGAAUACGAAGAGGGCGAGGACAUAGAGGAGUUUGUCGCUAGCGCCCGCCCCAAGGCGAAGCCUUUGCAGAUUACCGAGGAGGACGAAGAGGCCUACACGGUGAAGAAACUUAAGCGCCGCAAGCAGGUAGACAUUCCCGAAUACGCCGACGUUGAGAACGUCACUUUCCGUGCAAAAUCUACUAAGACUAAGGAGGAUGUCGACCAAGAGUUCAACAUUGCUCUUGACUCCUACGCCGAAGAGGAAGUGUCCAUGUCUGGAAAGGUUAAGCUUAAAAAACCAAUCGUAAAGACAUACUCAGAGGCUGCCGACGAAGCCAAGGUCAAGAUUAUGCAGGACUACGACGAUGGCGAAGCUCCGAUAAUUGAAGAAAUUCACGGCGAUGAUGACACCAUCGAUGAAGUGGAGGAACCCGAGGAGUACUUUGUAGAAGAGCUGCCACCAGACGAGGUAGACUUUAAGCUAAAACCCAAGAAGCAGCCCAGCAAGCCGAGCUAUUCCGUUUACGACGAAGACGAGGAACAGUUUCUUAUUGGAAUUCGUCAGCCAAAACGAGACUCGGUGACCUACGACGAAGACUCCCUCACAUUCAAAAAGAAGCGUAAAGUUGUUCAACAACUCUUCAACGAAGAUGGAGCUUCGCUGAAUAUUACUCGGGAAAUGGACUUCGAAGAAUCAGAUAACAUUAAUGUUAUGUAUUCCAUCUGCAACUACAUUGCCGAUAGCGACGAGGCUAUUAACCUGGUGGAGGGCGAGAAGGUAACGGUUAUCGGACGCCACAGCUCAGAGUGGUGGUUUGUCAAGAAGAGCAUCACCGAAGAGGAAGGAUGGGUCCCUGCGCAGUAUCUAAUGGAACCCGAGGAAUAUGCUCAGUAUGUCCAGAACAAGCUGCACGAAAAGAUCGACAAGCUGCCAGUGUUUGAACGUCCCGGACCAGAUGACAAGCCCAUCGCUCCACGGUUCAUUGAGAAACUGCAGCCGAUUCAUACUCCUGAUGGCUACACGGUUCAGUUCGAGUGCAAGGUCGAGGGCAAUCCACGACCACAGAUUGCCUGGUUCCGUGAAACGGCAAUCAUAAAACCUUCGCAGGACUUCCAGAUAUUCUACGAUGACGAUAACGUGGCUACAUUGAUAAUUCGCGAAGUAUUCCCCGAGGAUGCAGGUCAGUUUACGUGCGUGGCCAAGAAUGCCGCCGGUUUCACUUCAAGCACUACGGAGCUAAUUGUGGAAAGCCCGUUGUCGGAUCACGGCUCUGAUGCCACGGCCCUUUCCCGGCGAAGCAUGUCGCGAGAAUCAUCUCUGGCGGAUAUUCUGGAGGGCAUCCCGCCCACGUUCUCAAAGAAGCCCAAGGCGCAGUAUGUAGACGAAAACACAAACGUCAUUCUUGAGUGCCGACUGGUUGCCGUUCCCGAGCCGGACAUUGUUUGGACCUUUAAUGGCGAGGACAUUGACGAGGAGGAGAUCAAGAAUGUGCGCAUCGUCACUGAGUCCGAUAUGCAUAUGUAUUGCAGUGUGGUGCACAUCACCAAGGUGAAAAAGUCCCAGGAGGGCACUUACGAGGUAAUUGCCACAAAUCGCGAAGGAGAGGCUCGUCUGCCCAUAACCCUUAAGGUUCGAACUGCGGACAAGGAAGCCCCUCAAAUCCUGGAGCCCCUUCGAAACAUGGUGAUCCGCGAGGGUGAAAGCGUUGUGCUAUCCACCCAGAUUGUGGGUAACCCUCCACCCAAGGUAACCUGGUACAAGGACGGCAAGCCAGUUAAGGGCGCCAAGUCCGACAAGGAUUUGCACACCUUGACUUUAAUUACACCCAAAAAGCCUGAGAAGGGAGAGUACACUGUGAAAGCUGUUAAUCCUUUGGGUAGUGUGGAGACCACUGCUAACCUGACAAUUGAAGAAGCCACAAGCGGCAAUGCUGAGCCUCCACUAUUCGUAGAGCGUUUUGAGGAGCAGAACGUACCGCAAAAGGGUGAAAUCCGCCUGCCUGCAAAGGUCUCCGGCAACCCUGUACCUGAGGUCCAAUGGCUGUUCAACAAUGCUCCACUAUUCCCCAGCGAGCGCAUUCAGCAGGUUUACGAUGGUGAAAACAUUGAGCUCAUUAUCAAAAAUGCUAAUCCGGAAACGGACUCGGGCGACUACAAGUGCAUUGCCAGUAACCCAGUUGGAAAGACAUCGCACGGCGCCCGUGUGAUUGUCGAGGUCGACGAGGUUACUUUUACCAAGAAGCUAAAGAAAACUAUCACCAUUGAAGAAGUGCAGUCGCUGACCCUGGAGUGCGAAACCUCGCAUGUGGUCUCCACUAAAUGGUUCUUCAAUGGCAAGGAGCUGACCGGAAUGGACCACCGUGUAGUGGUAGAGGACGGCAAGACCCACAAGCUAGUGAUAAGAAACACCAACCUGCGCGACACAGGCACAUAUGUUUGCAAGGUGAAGAAGCAGGAGACCCAGUCCACAGUCGAGGUUUUGCAGCGCAAGCCGGACUUCAUUAAGGUGCUGGAGGAUUAUGAGGUCAAUGAAAAAGAUACGGCCAUUCUGGACGUGGAGCUCACUACCGAGGGCACCGAGGUCACGUGGUACAAGGACGGCGAGAAGAUCACGGAGGAGAACAAGAGCGUGGAGUUCAUUAAAGACGGCAAGGCGCGUCGAUUGGUCAUUCGGAACACGACCAUUCACGACGAGGGCGAGUAUACAUGCAAGAUCGAGGGUCAGGAGUGCAGUUGCGAACUGGUUGUGAUCGAGUUGCCACCGGAGAUUGUGAAACCUCUGAAGGAUGUUUCCGUGACCAAGGGCGAGAACGCAGUUUUCACGGUGGAACUCAGCAAAGGCGACGCUCUGGUCAAAUGGUUCAAGAAUGGCGAAGAGAUCACCUUUACUGACCGCCUACAACUCUCUAUAGAUGGCAAGAAGCAGUCGCUUCGCAUUGUCAAGGCGAAGCCAGAGGAUGUGGGAGAGUAUUCCAUCCGGGUGGGAGAUCAGACCUCCAAUGCUAAGUUGACGGUCGAAGAGCCCUUAGUUGACUUUGUAAUCCGCCUGCCGGACGUCACGCUGGUCACCAAGAGCACCGACGCCGAGUUUACUGUCCAGCUGUCGCAGCCUGAUGUGGAGGUCACCUGGUGCAAGAAGGGCAAGCCCAUUAAGCCCAACCCGAAGCACGAGGUCUUCGUCGAGGGCACGGUCCGCCGGUUGGUGAUCCACGAUGCCACUGAUGAGGAUGCUGGCGAGAUCAGCUGCGUGGCCGAAAAUGUCACCAGCAGCUCUAAGCUGUGCGUCGAGGAGAUCAAACUGCCACCCGUCAUUACAUCUGACAAGGAUCAAACUAUCAAGGUUAAGGAGAACGACGAUGCCACUUUCACUGUUAAGUAUACUGGCGUGCCAACCCCGGAGGCUGUUUGGACCACCAAAAAGGUUGUCAUACCCAAGUCAAAGCGAAUCAUACCUACCAUCGAUGAGCAAUCCGCCACACUGACCAUCAAAAAGGUCGUGGACGAUGACGAAGGCGAGUACACCGUCAAGCUUGUCAACCCAGUCGGCGAUGCGGAAGCCAGUCUGCACUUGGUCAUUAUGCGCAAACCUACGGCCCCUGGCACUCCCCAGCCCCUGGAGGUGAUGCACGAUUCUAUUACGCUCUAUUGGAAGGCGCCAGAGGACGACGGCAAGUCAGAAAUUAUUGAAUACAUUCUGGAAUACCAUGACGUUAAGGAAGAAAAAUGGACUGAAAUUAGAAAGAUUAAGGACACCACUUACACCAUCAGCAAGCUGAAAAUAGACAGCGAGUAUGUCUUCAGAUCGAUAGCGGUGAACGAAGUGGGACCCUCGCCGCCGUCACCUAUUUCGCCGCCCAUCCGUUUGGUGCCCAAGGUGGAAACCGAGGCGCCGAGCGUUCGCGAGCCCUUGCAAGAUGUGGUAAGCGAACUAGACAAGGAGGUUACGCUAUCCUGCGUAUUUGGCGGUAUUCCUGAGCCAAAGGUAACGUGGAAGCGAAACGGCAAGGUCAUUGAGUCAAGCAGCUUGCGCUACGAAAACCGCGUGGCCAAGUACAUCAUUGAAAAGACAACUAUUGAGACUGAAGCCACCUACACCUGCGUGGCUACAAACGAGAAGGGCUCUGUUGAGACCUCGUGCCGUCUGAAGCUGCAGCAGAAGCCCACCCUUGAGGUGGAGGAGAAGUAUCUGGCUCAGAAACUGCGCACGGGCAGCUCUCUUACCAUUCCAGCGACGGUCCGGGGCUAUCCCCAGCCCACUGUGACCUGGCACAAAGAGACGGUCGAGCAGAAGACCACCAAAACGGUCACUAUCGAAACAACCGAAACCACCUCCACCUACACUGUAAAGAAGGUCACCCGCGAGCACUCCGGAAAGUAUAAGGUAACAGCCACCAACGAAUCCGGAUUCACAACCGUGGAGGUCACUGUCCAGGUGAUCGACAAGCCUAGCAGGCCGCAGUCGCUGGAGAUCAAGGACGUAAAGAAGGACUCCAUCACCUUGGAGUGGACGCCGCCUAUCGACGAUGGCGGUCUGGAGAUCAACAAGUAUACUCUGGAGAAGUGCGACACUCAAAACAAUGUCUGGAUGAAAGUCUCUGACUUCGACAAGGACAUUCAAUCAUAUGCGGUCCAAAAGCUAUCCAUGAAUUCACAAUAUAUGUUCCGCGUAGUGGCCACCAAUCCUAUUGGCGAGUCCGACCCAACAGAAAGUGAGACUGUGACAAUAACUAAGAAGUUUGAAAAACCAUCGCCACCUCGUGGUCCCACGGCCGUGUCGGGUAUGAACGACACCUCCUUCAACCUGGCCUGGGAGCCAUCGGAGAACGACGGCGGUUCCAAGAUCAUAGAGUAUAUUGUGGAGAUUAGGGAAGAGACUGAGACAACCUUCCGAAAGGUGGGCACAAGCCUGGGCACUGUCACCAACAUUCACGUGGAGAAGGUGGUAAAGAACAAGGGCUAUCUGUUCCGCAUCUAUGCGAGAAACGAGGCUGGUACCAGCGAGGUGUUCGAGACCACGGAAAAGAUUGUCGUUGGUCGUAAUAUAACUGCUGAUAACGAAAAUACGAAUUUGGCGCCUCCCUCGCCACCUCAGAACUUAAGGGCGCCGGAUGUCACAAGCCGAAGUGUUACUUUGGAUUGGGAGGUACCCGCCCGCAAUGGUGGCUCCGAAAUCACUGGAUACUGCGUAGAGAAACGUUCAUCAACAUCCACCACCUGGACAAAGGUCAUCACUCUGGAUGCUCAUCAGCUGCACUACACGAUCGACAACCUCAAGGAGAGGUGCGAGUACUGGUUCCGCGUGGCUGCCGAGAACGAGGCUGGACUAGGUGCACCAGCCGUCACGGAGAGUGUAUCGCUAAAGACACAUGCUACCGUACCGUCGCCACCCACUGCUCCUCUCGAGGCGCGCGUACUUGCCGCCAACGCCCACAUAUUCGAAUGGGGUAUACCCGAGUCAGAUGGAGGUGCGCCUCUGCUCGGCUACCACAUUGCUAUUCGGGACAUGAAGAAGACCAUGUGGAUUGAGGUGGGUCGUGUGCCAGCCGGUGUGCAGAAAUUCCAGAUAAGAGACCUUCAGGAGAAUCACGAGUACAUGAUUCGCAUAUUUGCCAAGAACGAGAUUGGUCUGAGUGAGCCUCUGGAAUCGGAGGAGCCCUACAAGAUCAUGACAGCGGGUCAUGAGAGCCUGCCAGACGAGCCGCGAACGGAGAUGAGCACGUGCAAUACCUCCUCAUGGCUGCGGGACCACCACAUGGAUGCAGACAUCCACUCGUACGCCCGCGGCAGGCUGCUUCAGCGGGAUGAGUACUUCUUCCGGCUGAUCGCAGAGAUUCCCAAGAGCAAAAAGAAGAAGAACUCCAAAUAGUCGUUAGACGUAACGACAACGAAAUAAGAAACACUUUAGUCGUAGAUUAAGAAUAUUUCAAUUAUAUUUUAUAUAAAAAAUACCAAAAAUUAAGCGGGGAAGACCCCAAGGGGAGAGACCCUCCAUUUCGUAGCUUUUUGUACUUUAGUAGAGACACUAACGAUGUAAGGAUGCUGCAAUGUGAAGAGCACCCCAUUGGCAGCGAUGACCACGGGACUCGGUCAAAGGGUUGCGAGCGAAGAUAAAACUUAAUGCUCGGGCCCGUGGUCGUGGCUGAAUGAGGAUGUCCAUUGCACCGUCCAAUUAGUGGCCAUCAUUUAGAUUUUUCAUUUGCAUAAAGUUUGUUUUGUUUUUAUUAUUGUAUUUUUCUUUGCGCCUUAUUUUUGUAAGCUGUGAUAAAUCUAUCAAAAUCGAAAGCGUCAAACGAGCGAGAAAAUAUAAAGCAGGCGAUCCACUGGCAUCGGGCAAGGGGGGCCAACGAGCCGCAGACCUCCGAACAACCAAUUCCAUCUCAAUCCCCGCCAGUGUAGCUCAAUAUCCUCUAGGGAGACAAAACAACAAAUGGUGCAAUUCGAUAUGAGUUAUUUCUGGGGAGGGCUGCGAGUCGCUGGCUGCCCUUGCCUUUGUCCUGGAUUCGUUCUGCCGGAAAUGUAUGGCAUAGGAAUGUGAGAGGUUACACUUGUGUGGCUCUUUAAAGUUACCAAAGUCAAUUAAAUAAAUAAAAUAUUACUAA